UUUUCAAACCCAUCUUUGCCUCUGCUAAAAUGGUUAUCAACCCUAAUGCUGAGAUUGAGCUGAAGUCCCCCAAAGCCAACCUGUAUCUGGAGGUUCAGAAUGUAGCAAUAGAGAUUACCAAACCACAGGUACGAACACACACACACACACACACACACACACAGACACACACACACACACACAUACACCUCCCUUGGCAUUUUUCCUAUUUUGUUGCCUUACAACCUGGAAUUGAAAUGGAUUGUUUGGGGGGUUUGUAUCAUUUGAUUUACACAACAUGCCUACCACUUUGAAGAUGUAAAAUAUUUUUUUUGUGAAACAAACAAGAAAUAAACAAAAAAACAGAACUUGAGCGUGCAUAACUAUUCACCCCCCCAAAGUCAAUACUUUGUAGAGCCAACCUUUUGCAGCAAUUACAGCUGCAAGUCUCUUGGGGUAUGUCUCUAUAAGCUUGGCACAUCUAGCCACUGGGAUUUUUGCCCAUUCUUCAAGGCAAAACUGCUCCAGCUCCUUCAAGUUGGAUGGGUUCCGCUGGUGUACAGCAAUCUUUAAGUCAUACCACAGAUUCUCAAUUGGAUUGAGGUCUGGGCUUUGACUAGGCCAUUCCAAGACAUUUAAAUGUUUCCCCUUAAACCACAUGAGUGUUGCUUUAGCAGUAUGCUUAGGGUCAUUGUCCUGCUGGAAGGUGAACCUCCGUCCCAGUCUCAAAUCUCUGGAAGACUGAAACUGGUUUCCCUCAAGAAUUUCCCUGUAUUUAGCGCCAUCCAUCAUUCCUUCAAUUCUGACUAGUUUCCCAGUCCCUGCCGAUGAAAAACAUCCCCACAGCAUGAUGCUGCCACCACCAUGCUUCACUGUGGGGAUGGUGUUCUCGGGGUGAUGAGAGGUGUUGGGUUUGCGCCAGACAUAGCGUUUUCCUUGAUGGCCAAAAAGCUCAAUUUUAGUCUCAUCUGACCAGAGUACCUUCUUCCAUAUGUUUGGGGAGUCUCCCACAUGCCUUUUGGCGAACACCAAACAUGUUUGCUUAUUUUUUUCUUUAAGCAAUGGCUUUUUUCUGGCCACUCUUCCGUAAAGCCCAGCUCUAUGGAGUGUACAGCUUAAAGUGGUCCUGUGGACAGAAACUCCAAUCUCCGCUGUGGAGCUUUGCAGCUCCUUCAGGGUUAUCUUUGGUCUCUGUUGCCUCUCUGAUUAAUGCCCUCCUUGCCUGGGCUGUGAGAUUUGGUGGGUUUGUUGUGGUGCCAUAUUCUUUCAAUUUUUUAGUAAUGGAUUUAAUGGUGCUCCGUGGGAUAUUCAAAGUUUCAGAUUUUUUUAUAACCCAACCCUGAUCUGUACUUCUCCAUUACUUUGUCCUUGACCUGUUUGGAGAGCUCCUUGGUCUUCAUGGUGCCGCUUGCUUGGUGGUGCCCCUUGCUUAGUGGUGGUGCAGACUCUGGGGCCUUUCAGAACAGGUGUAUAUAUACUGAGAUCAUGUGACAGAUCAUGUGACACUUAGAUUGCACACAGGUGGACUUUAUUUAACUAAUUAUGUGACUUCUGAAGGUAAUUGGUUGCACCAGAUCUUAUUUAGUGGCUUCAUAGCAAAGGGGCUGAAUACAUAUGCACGCACCACUUUUCCGUUGUUUAUUUUUUAGAAUUUUUUGAAACAAGUUUUUUUUUUCAUUUCACUUCACCAAUUUGGACUAUUUUGUGUAUGUCCAUUACAUGAAAUCCAAAUAAAAAUUAAAGGUUGUAAUGCAACAAAAUAGGAAAAACGCCAAGGGAGAUGAAUACUUUUGCAAGGCACUGUAUGGAAUAAUUUGUCAAUGUUGUUGUAGUCCUUUGUAGAAUCAUUUCAGAAGCCUCUCUUUAUGUGCACACCCUGACAUGUAUUCCACAUGUUUCAAUUUGCUGCUGGUUAUUUUAACAAGAUAGCAUUCCCACAUUUAAAUGAUCUUUAAUCCUGAAAUACAUUUGAAUUAUAUGUACUCGGUUGUUAUCUAUUCCUGGUUAGUACCUAACCAUGGUGGACCUGCUAGAGUCUAUAGACUGAUAUCAUGUUGUCUAUUCCUGUUUAGUACCUAACCAUGGUGGACCUGCUAGAGUCUAUAGACUGUAUGGUUAAGAAUGGACCCUACAGGAAGUUCAGACCUGAUGUACCUGUACACACAAAUGCCAAGCACUGGUAAGUCAACCAACCAACCAGUCAACCAACCAGUCAACCAACCAGUCAACCAACCAGUUAACCAACCAGUCAACCAACCAGUCAACCAACCAGUUAACCAACCAGUCAACCAACCAGUCCCCACUCCAUACAUUCUAAUGGGCAGUACUAGUCAAUGUUGUGCAUGCUAUCUGUUUAUCAGGAUGGGGUCAACGCAAUGUGAAGUUUUCAGAAUCUCAGCUCCUUAACUAUGGGGUGACGGUGUUUCCAGGUGGAAGUACGGUGUGAACAGUGUUCUGGACGUCCAUAUCAGACGCUUCAACCAGAUGUGGUCCUGGUCCAACAUCAGGAAGCACCGCCACACUCUGAAGGCCUACAGGGCAGCCUACAAGAGCAAACUACUGGCCACGCAGGGUAAACUCAAAGAGGACCAGGAGAAACAGAUCCAGGACCUGGAGAAGAGCCUGGAUGUUUUCAACAUCACAUUAGCCCGGCAACAAGCACAGAUAGAGGUUUGUGCAGUAUUUGUUAUACCCAUUAACCAAAGGUCUUCUACAAUAUAUUACUGUGUUCUUAGAAACCAUGUCGAUGGGGGUUUUGUGUCUGAACUGUCUCUCUGUCGCUGUUUUUGUCCCCCUCUCUCUCUCUCCCCCCUCCCCCCUCCCUCCUCCCCCUCUCUCGAGAGAGAGAAAAACAAAAAAAAGAAAAAGAAAAAAGAGUCUAAAAAAAACUCUCAUCCCCCCUCUCUCCCCCCUCCCUCCUCCCCCUCUCUCUCUCCCCCCUCCCUCCUCCACCUGUCUCUCUCCCCCUCUGUCCUCCAGGUGAUCCGGUCAGGCCAGAAGGUGGUAACUAAGAAGGUGGCGGCGGGCCAGAAGCAGGGAGGAGGAGGAGGAGGGUUUUUCAGCAGCUUCUUUGGAAGGAAGGAAAUGAAGAUGAAAAAACAGGAACAGGAACAGGACACCAAGGAGGAGGAGGGUGAGUACUCCUCAGUCACCACACACAGGAACAGGAGCAGGAUACCAAGGAGGAAGUGAGGUAGUGAUUCCUCAGUCUCCUCAUACACACAAGCUAUCACCUAACCCUCAAGAGACAAACUAACUAACAAACAGCAUUCACAAUCCACACCCGCUGUCCUCAAUGAGAGACAUGGCUACAGUACAUUGUGUUUUAGACCAGGAGCACUGAUCUCGGAUCAGGUCCCCAUAUAACCCAUAUAUCCUUAUUCAUUAUGAUCUGAAAGGUUGAACCGAUGAUAGAUCAGCCCUCCUCCUCUGAGAUUCUUGAUGAAUGUGGUCCCUGGUCGUCCCUGGUCGUCCCUGGUCGUCCCUGGUCGUCCUCACCUUGCACCUUGUGAACACCAGCGGCUACAUUGAUUGGUGUUGUGUAAUAUUUUGACCUUCCCAAUUUCAGGCUUUGAAGAGUUGAUGUCUGCUGAUGAGAAGACUAAACUCUACACGGCCAUCGGAUACAGUGGUAGUUCUCACAACCUGGCCUUACCCAAGCAGGUAGGUCUCUGUGUGUCUGUCUCCAUCGGAUACAGUGGUAGUUCUCACAACCUGGCCUUACCCAAGCAGGUAGGUCUCUGUGUGUCUGUCUCCAUCGGAUACAGUGGUAGUUCUCACAACCUGGCCUUACCCAAGCAGGUAGGUCUCUCUUCGGUGUUGGUACUGACAUGACAUUUAAUGGAGCAGACCCGCUAACAGCUUCGUGAGAAACAAAGCCAAUCUACACCUAUGUCUGUGUCCGUGUUGGGCACUGGAAAUGAUCAAUAAGGAAAAUGUAUUAAAAAAAAUUCAAAGAACUUCCAUCCUGAGAAAUGGAUAUUUCUCACACUCCUGUGUUUGUUCCCCUGCAUGGCUCUCUGUAUCCUCCAGUACGUGGCAGUGAUGGUGACCUUCAAGCUGUUCCGUACGUCCAUCACGGUGAGGGAGGAGCCCAACGUACCAGAGAUCCUGAAGGUCCAGAUGAUUGACCUCAGCAGCACCGUCUCCCAGAGACCCGGGGCUCAGGCCAUCAGGUCUCUCUUCAUUUUCCCCUUCUCUCCCUCCAUCUGACCACAACUCUAUCCUCCUCAUUCCUGCUGACAAGCAAAAACUCAAACAGGAAGUAACAGUGAGGCGCUCAGUACGGAAGUGGUCCGAUGCUAUAGGACUGUUUCGCUAGCACAGAGUUGAAUAUGUUCCGGGACUCAUCCGAUGGCAUUGAGGAGUACACCACAUCAGUCACCGGUGCAUUGAGGAGUACACCACAUCAGUCACCGGUGCAUUGAGGAGUACACCACAUCAGUCACCGAUGCAUUUGUAUUGUCAAAGCAAGAACACACAAGAGAUUAAAGAACAUUUAAUACAACUGUUGAUUAACUACUGAUCUCUCUCUCUCUCUCUCUCUCUCUCUCUCUCUCUCUCUCUCUCUCUCUCUCUCUCCACUCUCUCUCUCUCUCUCUCUCCCUCUCUCCCUCUCCCCCCCCCCCUCUCUCUCUCUCUCCUCUCUCUCUCUCUCCCUCUCCCCCCUCCCCUCUCCCAGGGUGGAGGCAGCGUUAGAGCACUGGUACGUGACAGGGUUGGAGCAGCAGGGAGCUGUCCCAUCUCUCAUAGCGUCAGUAGGGGACUCCAGCUCCUCUCUGCUCUCCAUCCUGUUUGAAGUCAACCCAGAGGACAGCACUGCAGACCAGCUGCUCAGAGUCCAAUCUCAGCCUGUAGAGAUCAUCUACGACUCAGUAUGUAUGGGUUUACACACCCUCACUCAGUUAUUCACUCUCACUGUCCCACUCCUAUCUGUGGCUAUCAUCUCUCCCAUCCAUAAGGACCUCCCUCUGACCCCACUAUGUGGAAUGUCUCUCUCUCUCUCCUCUCUCUCUCUCUCUCUCUUCCUACUCUGCUAUAUAUAGCGCUAGAUAUGAUAUGAUAUCUGGAUAUAGCGAGAUAGAGAGAGAGAAUGUUAUUCUGAGAUGGAGCGAUAGAGAGAUAGAGAGGAGAGAGAAGAGACUCUGCGAGACCUAUCUCUCUCUCUCUCUCUCUUCUCUCUCUCUCUCUCGAUCUCUGUUCUCUCCUCUCUCUAUCUCUCUCUCUAUCUCUCUCUCUAUAUAUCUCUUCUCUCUUCUCUCUCUCUCUCUCUCUCUCUCUCUCUCUCUCUCUCUCUCUCUCUCUCUCUCUCUCUCUCUCUCUCUCUCCCCCUCUCUCUCUCUCUCUCUCUCUCCAUAAUGAUAUUUAGUAGACCAUGUAAUGUCCAGUCCACUCCAAGCCUCAUUGAUCAUUCAUGAUGUCAUCAAUGGUGAUAAACUGCCCUAUGAAGUCAUGUGUAAUGUCUUUGACCAAGUAAAGCUCCAUCUACUCUGUCUAUUAAUGCUCAUAAUACCAUGUUUAUUCUACAUGCAUGUAGUCUAUUUACAGCUCCUCCUCCAUGUAUUCAAAUUCACACUGUUCAGUACAUCACUUUCCUGCCCUUUGUGGGGUAACUAAAGGCACUGAAGUCACUAAAUAAAUCAACUCCUGUGUGUGUGUUUCUCUCUGCCAGUUGACAGUGAACAGCAUGGCAGAGUUCUUUCAGACAGGGAAGGGAGUGGAUCUGGAGGUGUUGACUUCAGCCACUCUCUCCAAGCUGGAGGAGAUCAAGGAGAAGACAGCCACUGGUGGGUACAGAUAAAUAGGAAACACUUUAUAUAGCGCCCCUUAUAUACGCAUUCACUAAGCCUCUAUAACAGCUACAUAAGAUGUUAUUACAGCCGUCAUAGGCUGACUCAAACACACACUGCCGGAUAGAUGUUUGUCUCUUGCUGGUCAUCACACACAUUAUCACAUCACAUACAUUAUCACAUCAUCACACACAUUAUCACAUCAUCAUACACAUUAUCACAUCAUCACACACAUUAUCACAUCAUCAUACACAUUGUCACAUCAUCACAUACAUUAUCACAUCAUCACAUACAUUGUCACACACAUUAUCGCAUCAUCAAACACAUUAUCCCAUCACACAUUAUGACAUCAUCAUAUACAUUAUCACAGCAUCACACACAUUAUCACAUCACACACAUUAUCACAUCAUCACACACAUUAUCACAUCACACACAUUAUCACAUCAUCACACACAUUAUCACAUCAUCACACACAUUAUCACAUCAUCACACAUAUCAUUACAUCAUCACACACAUUAUCCCAUCAUCACACACAUUAUCACAUCAUCACACACAUUGUCACAUUAUCACAUCAUCACACACAUUAUCACAUCAUCACACAUAUCAUUACAUCAUCACACACAUGAUCACAUCAUCAUACACAUUAUCACAUACAUUAUCACAUCAUAAUACACAUUGUCACAUCAUCACAUGCAUUAUCGCAUCAUCACAUACAUUAUCGUAUCAGCACACACAUUAUCGUAUCAGCACACACAUUAUCGCAUCAUCACAUACAUUAUCACAUCAUCACACACAUUAUCACAUCAUCACACACGUUAUCACAUUGUCACAUGCAUUACCACACCGUCACACACAUUAUCACAUCGUCACAUGCAUUAUCACAUCAUCAAAAACAUUAUCGCAUAAUCACUCACAUUUACAUUUUUACAUUUUAGUCAUUUAGCAGACGCUCUUAUCCAGAGCGACUUACAGUUAGUGAAUACAUAUUUUUUUUUAUACUGGCCUUCCGUGCAAAACAUGACCUAGUACUUGGUGGCAAAACCCUUGUUGGCAAUCACAGAGGUCAGACGUUUCUUGUAGUUGGCCACCAGGUUUGCACACAUCUCAGGAGGGAUUUUGUCCCACUCCUCUUUGCAGAUCUUCUCCAAGUCAUUAAGGUUUCGAGGCUGAUGUUUGGCAACUCGAACCUUCAGCUCCCUCCACAGAUUUUCUAUGGGAUUAAGGUCUGGAGACUGGCUAGGCCACUCCAGGACCUUAAUGUGCUUCUUCUUGAGCCACUCCUUUGUUGCCUUGGCUGUGUGUUUUGGGUCAUUGUCAUGCUGGAAUACCCAUCCACGACCCAUUUUCAAUGCCCUGGCUGAGGGAAGGAGGUUCUCACCCAAGAUUUGACGGUACAUGGCCCCGUCCAUCGUCCCUUUGAUGCGGUGAAGUUGUCCUGUCCCCUUAGCAGAAAAACACCCCCAAAGCAUAAUGUUUCCACCUCCAUGUUUGACGGUGGGGAUGGUGUUCUUGGGGUCAUAGGCAGCAUUCCUCCUCCUCCAAACACGGCGAGUUGAGUUGAUGCCAAAGAGCUCCAUUUUGGUCUCAUCUGACCACAACAUUUUCACCCAGUUCUCCUCUGAAUCAUUCAGAUGUUCAUUGGCAAACUUCAGACGGGCCUGUAUAUGUGCUUUCUUGAGCAGGGGGACCUUGCGGGCGUUGCAGGAUUUCAGUCCUUCACGGCGUACUGUGUUACCAUUUGUUUUCUUGGUGACUAUGGUCCCAGCUGCCUUGAGAUCAUUGACAAGAUCCUCCCGUGUAGUUCUGGGCUGAUUCCUCACCGUUCUCAUUAUCAUUGCAACUCCACGAGGUGAGAUCUUGCAUGGAGCCCCAGGCCGAGGAAGAUUGACAGUGCUUUUGUGUUUCUUCCAUUUGCGAAUAAUCGCACCAAAUGUUGUCACUUUCUCACCAAGCUGCUUGGCGAUGGUCUUGUAGCCCAUUCCAGCCUUGUGUAGGUCUACAAUCUUGUCCCUGACAUCCUUGGAGAGCUCUUUGGUCUUGGCCAUGGUGGAGAGUUUGGAAUCUGAUCGAUUGAUUGCUUCUGUGGACAGGUGUCUUUUAUACAGGUAACAAACUGAGAUUAGGAGCACUCCCUUUAAGAGUGUGCUCCUAAUCUCAGCUCGUUACCUGUAUAAAAGACACCUGGGAGCCAGAAAUCUUUCUGAUUGAGAGGGGGUCAAAUACUUAUUUCCCUCAUUAAAAUGCAAAUCAAUUUAUAACAUUUUUGACAUGCGUUUUUCUGGAUUUUUUUGUUGUUAUUCUGUCUCUCACUGUUCAAAUAAACCUACCAUUAAAAUUAUAGACUAAUCAUUUCUUUGUCAGUGGGCAAACAUACAAAAUCAGCAGGGGAUCAAAUACUUUUUUCCCUCACUGUACAUGAUCUACCCUCUGUCUCACAUUAUCACAUACAUUAUCUAACCUCUGUCUCACAUCAUCACAUACAUUAUCUAACAUCUGUCUCACAUCAUCACAUACAUUAUCUAACAUCUAUUGAUUAUUAUUUUGCCGUCUGUGCAGGUCUGUCUCACAUCAUUGAAACCCGUAAGAUUCUGGACCUGAAGAUUGACCUAAAGCCUUCAUACCUGCUGGUGCCCAAGUCUGGCUUCUACCACGCCAAGUCUGACCUGAUGAUCAUAGACUUUGGUAGUCUACAGGUGAGAACAGACAGAUUCUAGAAUAAUGACCUGAUGAUCAUAGAUUUUGGUAGUCUACAGGUGAGAACAGACAGAUUCUAGAAUAGUGACCCGAUGAUCAUAGACUUUGGUAGUCUACAGGUGAGAACAGACAGAUUCUAGAAUAAUGGCGGCAAAGACACCCUAUUGUUAUAUUGUGUCAUAGUUUUAAAGAAAUGUGCGUAUGUGUUUGUGUGUGUACGUGUUCACGCUUUGUGUGUGUGUGUGUGUGUGUGUGUUUAGCUGAUGAGUGUGGACCAGGGGAACCACCAGCCUUUAUCACCCAGUUUCAGUUCCCUGGAGGAGAUUAUGGACCGUGCCUACGAGAGGUACUCACUGGAGCUACGCAGCGUCCAGGUCCUCUACAGCAAGUCAGGUACGCGCGCACACCAGGGUUUUCCUUUAGCCGAUAAUAGCCGGCUUUUGGCCGAUGCGAGAAACAAAAAGCAGAUGAAUAAAAAUUAAUCCCAUUUGCGAAAUAAUGCAUUUUAGCCUAUUGAUUUGAUGGGAUGUAGAUUGGCCAGUGGAUGUAGCGAAGAGAACUGCUGCCACACCUCAUCAAACAGCUGUUCGGUGCUGCUCGGAGUGAAACGUGCUUUUCAUUGAGCAACAAUUCUAAAUGCAAUUGCGUGUUUAAAAAAACAGUUUUGAUGUCCACAGUUAAAAAGAGCUAUUUAUAUAUCUUAACUGUUAAUUGAAGCUCGCUUCCCACUAUGCAGGCGUCAGCACGUCACACACCGCUUUGCGAUGAGAUGGAGGCAGUAUGCAUUUUGAAAACGUACGCUUUAAUUGUUUGAAACUCCCGAGUGGCGUAGUGGUCUAAGGCACUGCAUCGCAGUGCUAGCUGUGCCACUAGAGAUCCUGGUUCGAUUCCAGGCGGUCGUAGCCGGCCGCGAUCGGGAGACCCAUGGGUGCGGCGCACAAUUGGCCCAGCGUCGUCCAGGGUAUGGGGAGGGAAUGGCCGGCAGGGAUGUAGCUCAGUUGGUAGAGCAUGGCGUUUGCAACGCCAGGGUUUUGGGUUCGAUUCCCACGGGGGGGCCAGUAUGAAAAAUAAAAAAAUAAUGUAUGCACUCAAUAACUGUAAGUCGCUCUGGAUAAGAGCGUCUGCUAAAUGACUGAAAUGUAAAUGUGAUGUAAUGAAACCUGGACGUUUUACUACAUAUUAUGAGACAUGUCUUACCUUGCUUCAAAGUAGCCUAUAGCCAAAAUCCCACCAAACGUGCAGGCAAUAAUUGUUUCUAAAUACUUCCUUAUUGCCAUUGGAACCAGUAGCCUUCUUCUCUCAUGUUCUAUUGGUUUUCAACUUUAUUUUAUUGUCCGGUAGCCAAAGGCACAAUCCUAUACAUACAGUGCAUUUGGAAAGUAUUGACUUUUUCCACAUUUUGUUACGUUACAGCCUUAUUCUAAAAUGGAUGGCAUAGUUUUUUCCCCCUCUUCAAUCUACACACAAUACCCCAUACUGACAAAGUAGAAACAGGUUUUUUAGAAAUGUUUGCAAAUGUAUUAAAAAAACUAGUAUUCAGACCCUUUACUCAGUACAUUGAUGAAGCACCUUUGGCAGCGAUUACAGCCUCAAGUAUUCUUGGGUAUGACGCUACAAGCUUGGCACACCUGUAUUUGGGGAGUUUCUCCCAUUCUUCUCUGCAGAUCCUCUCAGGCUCUGUCAGGUUGGAUGGGGAGCAUCGCUGCACAGCUAUUUUCAGGUCUCUCCAGAGAUGUUAGAUCGUGUUCAAGUCCGGGCUCUGGCUGGGCCACUCAAGGACAUUCAGAGACUUGUCCCGAAGCUACUCCUGCAUUGUCUUGACUGUGUGCUUAGGGUCGUUGUCCUGUUAGAAGGUGAACCUUUGCCCCAGUCUGAGGUCCUGAGCGCUCUGGAGCAGGUUUUCAUCAAGGAUCUCUCUGUACUUUGCUCUAUUCAUCUAUCCCUCGAUCCUGACUAGUCUCCCAGUCCCUGCUGCUGAAAAACAUCCCCAUAGCAUGAUGCUGCCACCACCAUGCUUCACCGUAGGGAUGGUGCCAGGUUUCCUCCAGACGUGACGCUUGGCAUUCAGGCCAAGAGUUCAAUCUUGGUUUCAUCAGACCAGAGAAUCUUGUUUCUCAUGGUCUGAGAGUCCUUUAGGUGCCUUUUGACAAACUCCAAGCGCUCAUGUGCCUUUUACUGAGGAGUGGCUUCUGUCUGGCCACUCUACCAUAAAGGCCUGAUUUAUGGAGUGCUGCAGAGAUGGUUGUCCUUCUGGAAGGUUCUCCCAUCUCCACAGAGGAACUCUGGAGCUCUGUCAGAGUGACCAUCGUGUUCUUGGUCACCUCCCUGACCAAGGCCUUCUCCCCGAUUGCUCAGUUUGGCCGGGCGGCCAGCUCUAGGAAGAGUCUUGGUGGUUCCAAACUUCUUCCAUUUAAGAAUGAUGGAGGCCACUGUUUUCUUGGGGACCUUCAAUGCUGAAGACAUUUCUUGGUACCCUUCCCCAGAUCUGUGCCUCGACACAAUCCUCUCUCGGAGCUCUACGGACAAUUCCUUCGACCUCAUGGCUUGGUUUUUGCUCUGACAUGCACUGUCAACUGUGGGACCUUAUAUAGACAGGUGUGUGCCUUUCCAAAUCAUGUCCAAUCAAUUGAAUUUACCACAGGUGGACUCCAAUCAAGUUGUAGGAACAUCUCAAGGAUGAUCAAUGGAAACAGGAUGCACCUGAGCUCAAUUUCAAGCCUCAUAGCAAAGGGUCUGAAUACUUAUGUAAAUAAGGUAUUUCAGUUUUUCUAUUUUUAAUAAAUUUGAAAAAUAUUCUAAAAACAUGUUUUUGCUUUGUUAUUAUGGGGUAUUGUGUGUAGAUUGAUGAGAAAACAAUUUAAUCAAUUUUAGAAUAAGGCUGUAAUGUAACAAAAUGUGGAAAAGUAAAGAAUACCUGAAUACCUUCCGAAUGCACUGUAUUUCCAGCUUUUUGUCUCUCACUGUUUCUGUCUCUGUCCCUCACUGUUUCUGUCCACUGAGCUCUGUCCCUCACUGUUUCUGUCUCUGUCCUCUGAGCUCUGUCCCUCACUGUUUCUGUCUCUGUCCUCUGAGCUCUGUCACUCACUGUUUCUGUCCCUGACUGUUUCUGUCUCUGUCCUCUGAGCUCUGUCCCUCACUGUUUCUGUUUCUGUCCCUCACUGUUUCUGUCUCUGUCCACUGAGCUCUGUCCUUCACUGUUUCUGUCUGCCCCUACAGGUGAGGAGUGGAAGACAGCCCGUCAACAUGGUUCCUCUAUACAACACAUCCUGCAGCCCAUGGACGUCAACCUCCAGCUGGCCAAAUGCAUGGUGGAGAAGGACACCAGAAUGGCCAGGUAACACCAAACUGUUAUCCGGGCUAAGGUAGCUGAGGGACUGUGGAAUGAUGCCAGAAUGGCCAGGUAACACCAGACUGUUAUCCAGGCUAAGGGAGCUGAGGGACUGUGGAAUGAUGCCAGAAUGGCCAGGUAACACCAGACUGUUAUCCAGGCUAAGGGAGCUGAGGGACAGUGGAAUGAUGCCAGGUAACACCAGACUGUUAUCCAGGCUAAGGGAGCUGAGGGACUGUGGAAUGAUGCCAGAAUGGCCAGGUAACACCAGACUGUUAUCGAGGCUAAGGGAGCUGAGGGACUGUGGAAUGAUGCCAAAUGGCCAGGUAACACCAGACUGUUAUCCAGGCUAAGGUAGCUGAGGGACUGUGGAAUGAUGCCAGAAUGGCCAGGUAACACCAGACUGUUAUCCAGGCUAAGGGAGCUGAGGGACUGUGGAAUGAUGCCAGAAUGGCCAGGUAACACCAGACUGUUAUCCAGGCUAAGGGAGCUGAGGGACUGUGGAAUGAUGCCAGAAUGGCCAGGUAACACCAGACUGUUAUCGAGGCUAAGGGAGCUGAGGGACUGUGGAAUGAUGCCAGAAUGGCCAGGUAACACCAGACUGUUAUCCAGGCUAAGGGAGCUGAGGGACUGUGGAAUGAUGCCAGAAUGGCCAGGUAACACCAGACUGUUAUCCAGGCUAAGGUAGCUGAGGGACUGUGGAAUGAUGCCAGAAUGGCCAGGUAACACCAGACUGUUAUCCAGGCUAAGGGAGCUGAGGGGCUGUGGAAUGAUGCCAGAAUGGCCAGGUAACACCAGACUGUUAUCCAGGCUAAGGGAGCUGAGGGACUGUGGAAUGAUGCCAGAAUGGCCAGGUAACACCAGAAUGUUAUCCAGGCUAAGGUAGCUGAGGGACUGUGGAAUGAUGCCAGAAUGGCCAGGUAACACCAGAAUGUUAUCCAGGCUAAGGGAGCUGAGGGACUGUGGAAUGAUGCCAGAAUGGCCAGGUAACACCAGACUGUUAUCCAGGCUAAGGUAGCUGAGGGACUGUGGAAUGAUGCCAGAAUGGCCAGGUAACACCAGAAUGUUAUCCAGGCUAAGGUAGCUGAGGGACUGUGGAAUGAUGCCAGAAUGGCCAGGUAACACCAGACUGUUAUCCAGGCUAAGGGAGCUGAGGGACUGUGGAAUGAUGCCAGAAUGGCCAGGUAACACCAGACUGUUAUCCAGGCUAAGGUAGCUGAGGGACUGUGGAAUGAUGCCAGAAUGGCCAGGUAACACCAGACUGUUAUCCAGGCUAAGGGAGCUGAGGGACUGUGGAAUGGGCAGUAGUAUUUGAAGGGAGUUAGCAUGUCUCUCGCUUACAAUUAAAAGUGUUUCGGCCAUCGAUGGCCUUCAUCAGAAUCAGUAGUGUACUGUGCUGACUGGGCUGGGAAUUGCCAGGGACCUCGAGAUACGACGUUAUCGUGAUACCUAGUCUCACGAUUCUCACGUUUUCUAUAAGUUGUGAUUUCAUGUUCCAAACAUUGCUCACAAGUGUGAUGUAGUCAUCUAGGAAUAUGGGACCAAAUACUAAACCUUUUACUACUUUAUGUAUUAGAAUUUUUAGGGGUGUCAAUAAUUUUGACCCCUACCUUUUUUUGAGAAAAAAAAUUAAUAUUACUUUUUAAACAAAAUCUCUUUCUAUGAGCAAUUGUGUAAGUAUAACAUAUAAUUUCCCAAUAGUUUUAGCGUACAAUAUAGCUCAUUAUUUAUUAUUUUCUACAGUCAUUAUUGCCCGUCUUUAUCAAGGGUGUCAAUCAUUUUGGACCGCAGUGUAUGUCUGCUGCAGAGAGACGACAGAGAUCAUUAGAAAAUGAGUUUUGAUCAGUCAUGGAAAAUAAAGUGCUGAAAACACGUUGGCUCACUAUUUAAAAAGAAGAUGGAGAACAAGAUAUAGGAUGAAAAAUAGCAGAGUUUUGAAGCAGGUAUAGCCGACUAAGGCUAUUUAGCAACAACAACAAAUAUAUACUUAGAGUCGAAGUAUCAAUAUAAUAUUGUCCAAAAUAAUAUUGUGAUAUGUAACUGUAUCGAUUUCCCCCCUCAUCACUAGUACUGACUAAAUUCUGUGGUGCAGACACAGUGUUCGCUAAACCAGAGGGUAUUUACAUUUACAUUUUAGUCAUUUAGCAGACGCUCUUAUCCAGAGCGACUUACAGUUAGUGAGUGCAUACAUUAUUAUUUUAUUUUUCAUACUGGCCCCCCCCCCCCGUGGGAAUCGAACCCACAACCCUACCAACUGAGCUACAUCCCUGCCGCCCAUUCCCUCCCCUAUCCUGGAUGACGCUGGGCCAAUUGUGCGCCGCCCCAUGGAUCUAUGGUAUCUACUGUGUUCCAGAUUAGUAAAGCUCUGGUAUGGUAUCUACUGUGUUCCAGAUUAGUAAGGCUCUGGUAUGGUAUCUACUGUGUUCCAGAUUAGUAAAGCUCUGGUAUGGUAUCUACUGUGUUCCAGAUUAGUAAAGCUCUGGUAUGGUAUCUACUGUGUUCCAGAUUAGUAAAGCUCUGGUAUGGUAUCUACUGUGUUUCCAGAUUAGUAAAGCUCUGGUAUGGUAUCUACUGUGUUCCAGAUUAGUAAAGCUCUGGUAUGGUAUCUACUGUGUUCCAGAUUAGUAAAGCUCUGGUAUGGUAUCUACUGUGUUCCAGAUUAGUAAAGCUCUGGUAUGGUAUCUACUGUGUUCCAGAUUAGUAAAGCUCUGGUAUGGUAUCUACUGUGUUCCAGAUUAGUAAAGCUCUGGUAUGGUAUCUACUGUGUUCCAGAUUAGUAAAGCUCUGGUAUGGUAUCUACUGUGUUCCAGAUUAGUAAGGCUCUGGUAUGGUAUCUACUGUGUUCCAGAUUAGUAAAGCUCUGGUAUGGUAUCUACUGUGUUCCAGAUUAGUAAAGCUCUGGUAUGGUAUCUACUGUGUUCCAGAUUAGUAAAGCUCUGGUAUGGUAUCUACUGUGUUCCAGAUUAGUAAAGCUCUGGUAUGGUAUCUACUGUGUUCCAGAUUAGUAAAGCUCUGGUAUGGUAUCUACUGUGUUCCAGAUUAGUAAAGCUCUGGUAUGGUAUCUACUGUGUUCCAGAUUAGUAAAGCUCUGGUAUGGUAUCUACUGUGUUCCAGAUUAGUAAGGCUCUGGUAUGGUAUCUACUGUGUUCCAGAUUAGUAAAGCUCUGGUAUGGUAUCUACUGUGUUCCAGAUUAGUAAAGCUCUGGUAUGGUAUCUACUGUGUUCCAGAUUAGUAAAGCUCUGGUAUGGUAUCUAAUGUGUUCCAGAUUAGUAAUGCUCUGGUAUGGUAUAUACUGUGUUCCAGAUUAGUAAAGCUCUGGUAUGGUAUCUAAUGUGUUCCAGAUUAGUAAAGCUCUGGUAUGGUAUCUACUGUGUUCCAGAUUAGUAAAGCUCUGGUAUGGUAUCUACUGUGUUCCAGAUUAGUAAAGCUCUGGUAUGGUAUCUACUGUGUUCCAGAUUAGUAAAGCUCUGGUAUGGUAUCUACUGUGUUCCAGAUUAGUAAAGCUCUGGUAUGGUAUCUACUGUGUUCCAGAUUAGUAAAGCUCUGGUAUGGUAUCUACUGUGUUCCAGAUUAGUAAAGCUCUGGUAUGGUAUCUACUGUGUUCCAGAUUAGUAAAGCUCUGGUAUGGUAUCUACUGUGUUCCAGAUAGUAAAGCUCUGGUAUGGUAUCUACUGUGUUUCCAGAUUAGUAAAGCUCUGGUAUGGUAUCUACUGUGUUCCAGAUUAGUAAAGCUCUGGUAUGGUAUCUACUGUGUUCCAGAUUAGUAAAGCUCUGGUAUGGUAUCUACUGUGUUCCAGAUUAGUAAAGCUCUGGUAUGGUAUCUACUAUGUUUUCCAGAUUAGUAAAGCUCUGGUAUGGUAUCUAAGUGUUUCCAGAUUAGUAAAGGCUCUGGUAUGGUAUCUAAUGUGUUUCCAGAUUAGUAAGGCUUGGUAUGGUAUCUACUGUGUUCCAGAUUAGUAAAGCUCUGGUAUGGUAUUACUGUGUUCCAGAUUAGUAAAGCUCUGGUAUGGUAUCUACUGUGUUCCAGAUUAGUAAAGCUCUGGUAUGGUAUCUACUGUGUUCCAGAUUAGUAAAGCUCUGGUAUGGUAUCUACUGUGUUCCAGAUUAGUAAAGCUCUGGUAUGGUAUCUACUGUGUUCCAGAUUAGUAAAGCUCUGGUAUGGUAUCUACUGUGUUCCAGAUUAGUAAGGCUCUGGUAUGGUAUCUACUGUGUUCCAGAUUAGUAAAGCUCUGGUAUGGUAUCUACUGUGUUCCAGAUUAGUAAGGCUCUGGUAUGGUAUCUACUGUGUUCCAGAUUAGUAAAGCUCUGGUAUGGUAUCUACUGUGUUCCAGAUUAGUAAAGCUCUGGUAUGGUAUCUACUGUGUUCCAGAUUAGUAAAGCUCUGGUAUGGUAUCUACUGUGUUCCAGAUUAGUAAGGCUCUGGUAUGGUAUCUACUGUGUUCCAGAUUAGUAAAGCUCUGGUAUGGUAUCUACUGUGUUCCAGAUUAGUAAAGCUCUGGUAUGGUAUCUACUGUGUUCCAGAUUAGUAAAGCUCUGGUAUGGUAUCUACUGUGUUCCAGAUUAGUAAAGCUCUGGUAUGGUAUCUAAUGUGUUCCAGAUUAGUAAAGCUCUGGUAUGGUAUCUACUGUGUUCCAGAUUAGUAAGGCUCUGGUAUGGUAUCUACUGUGUUCCAGAUUAGUAAAGCUCUGGUAUGGUAUCUACUGUGUUCCAGAUUAGUAAAGCUCUGGUAUGGUAUAUACUGUGUUCCAGAUUAGUAAAGCUCUGGUAUGGUAUCUACUGUGUUUCAGAUUAGUAAAGCUCUGGUAUGGUAUCUAAUGUGUUCCAGAUUAGUAAAGCUCUGGUAUGGUAUAUACUGUGUUCCAGAUUAGUAAAGCUCUGGUAUGGUAUCUACUGUGUUUCAGAUUAGUAAAGCUCUGGUAUGGUAUCUAAUGUGUUUCCAGAUUAGUAAAGCUCUGGUAUGGUAUCUACUGUGUUCCAGAUUAGUAAAGCUCUGGUAUGGUAUCUACUGUGUUCCAGAUUAGUAAAGCUCUGGUAUGGUAUCUACUGUGUUCCAGAUUAGUAAAGCUCUGGUAUGGUAUCUACUGUGUUCCAGAUUAGUAAGGCUCUGGUAUGGUAUCUACUGUGUUCCAGAUUAGUAAAGCUCUGGUAUGGUAUCUAAUGUGUUCCAGAUUAGUAAGGCUCUGGUAUGGUAUCUACUGUGUUCCAGAUUAGUAAAGCUCUGGUAUGGUAUCUACUGUGUUCCAGAUUAGUAAAGCUCUGGUAUGGUAUCUACUGUGUUCCAGAUUAGUAAAGCUCUGGUAUGGUAUCUAAUGUGUUUCCAGAUUAGUAAAGCUCUGGUAUGGUAUCUACUGUGUUUCCAGAUUAGUAAAUAUCUGGUAUGGUAUCUACUGUGUUCCAGAUUCAAGGUGUCUGGAGAACUGCCUCUCCUCCAUGUGAAGAUCUCAGACCAGAAGAUCCAGGGAGUGUUGGACCUGGUCUACAGCAUCCCCCUGCCCCAGAGUGGUUCCACCCCUUCCACCCCCACCCAGAAGGUACAGUUGGUCUGACCCAGUUCACCAGUAGAGGAGCCUACACACAUCCAUUACAUUGGUACAUCCAUGUCUUGUAAAAAACAAUAGAAAUAUGUUCGGCAAUCAACAGCUUUCUCAUCUCUUUCCGUCUUGUUUCCACUAGAUGCUGUGUUUGUCUGAGGCCAGGCCCAAAGUCCUGGGUUUAAAAACCCCAGUGCUGCUAGAUGGAUUAGAGACAGGUGGGGGCUGGUUCUUCACUACUGUAUCUGCAUUAACUGAUUCAGGGUCAGCUGUUAUCUGACCACCCUAAUGGUUGUGACUGUGACUGGGCGUCAGGUAAUCUGAUCCUAGAUGGGAUGCUCCUUCUAUCCACUGGUCUUUGUCUGUAACGGAUGCAAUGGUACAGAGUUGUCUAUUGGGGAAGGUGAGUCUAUCUUGAGUGCAAGCCAGAAUACAACAGCUCCCCCCUCAGGUGAGAGAAGACUGUGUUUUAGUCAGCGGCUCAACCUCCUUUAUCAGAACUAGAUCAGCCAGACAGGGCAUUUCCAUUGCAACCAUUACUGAAGAACCAAGACCAGGAGAUAGAAGAACCAUCUGUUACUGAAGAACCAAGACCAGGAAAUAGAAGAACCAUCUGUUACUGAAGAACCAAGACCAGGAAAUAGAAGGACUAUCUGUUACUGAAGAACCAAGACCAGGAGAUAGAAGGACCAUCUGUUAUUGAAGAACCAAUACCAGGAAAUAGAAGAACCAUCUGUUAUUGAAGAACCAAUACCAGGAGAUAGAAGAACCAUCUGUUAUUGAAGAACCAAUACCAGGAAAUAGAAGAACCAUCUGUUAUUGAAGAACCAAUACCAGGAUAUAGAAGAACCAUCUGUUAUUGAAGAACCAAUACCAGGAAAUAGAAGAACCAUCUGUUAUUGAAGAACCAAUACCAGGAGAUAUAAGAACCAUCUGUUAUUGAAUAACCAAUACCAGGAGAUAGAAGAACCAUCUGUUAUUGAAGAACCAAUACCAGGAGAUAGCAGGACUAUCUGUUAUUGAAGAACCAAUACCAGGAGAUAGAAGGACUAUCUGUUAUUGAAGAACCAAGACCAGGAGAUAGUAGGACGAUCUGUUAUUGAAGAACCAAGACCAGGAGAUAGAAGGACUAUCUGUUAUUGAAGAACCAAGACCAGGAGAUAGAAGGACUAUCUGUUAUUGAAGAACCAAGACCAGGAGAUAGCAGGACGAUAUGUUAUUGAAGAACCAAGACCAGGAGAUAGAAGGACUAUCUGUUAUUGAAGAACCAAGACCAGGAGAUAGCAGGACGAUCUGUUAUUGAAGAACCAAGUCCAGGAGAUAGAAGAACCAUCUGUUAUUGAAGAACCAAGACCAGGAGAUAGCAGGACUAUCUGUUAUUGAAGAACCAAGUCCAGGAGAUAGAAGGACUAUCUGUUAUUGAAGAACCAAGUCCAGGAGAUAGAAGGACUAUCUGUUAUUCAAGAACCAAGACCAGGAGAUAGAAGGACUAUCUGUUAUUGAAGAACCAAGACCAGGAGAUAGAAGGACUAUCUGUUAUUGAAGAACCAAGACCAGGAGAUAGAAGGACUAUCUGUUAUUGAAGAACCAAGACCAGGAGAUAGAAGGAGCUUCAAUGCCAUACAACAAUCCUUCAGUAGCCUCCAACUGCUCUUAAACACUAGUAAAACUAAAUGCAUGCUUUUCAAUCGAACGCUGCUGGCACCCGCCCACCCGACUAGAAUCACCACUCUCGACGGGUCUGACCUAGAGUAUGUGGACAACUACAAAUACCUAGGUGUCUGGUUAGACUGUAAACUCAACUUCCAGACUCACAUAAAGAAUCUCCAAUCCAAAGUUAAAUCUAGAAUCGGCUUCCUAUUUCGCAACAAAGCCUCCUUCACUCAUGCUGCCAAACAUGCCCUCGUAAAACUGACUAUCCUACCGAUCCUUGACUUCGGCGAUGUCAUUUACAAAAUAGCCUCCAACACUCUACUCAGCAAAUUGGAUGUAGUCUAUCACAGUGCCAUCCGUUUUGUCUCCAAAGCCCCAUACACUACCCACCACUGUGACCUGUACGCUCUUGUUGGCUGGUCCUCACUACAUGUUCGUCGUCAAACCCACUGGCUCCAGGCCAUCUAUAAAUCACUGCUAGGUAAAUCCCCGCCUUAUCUUAGCUCAUUGGUCACCAUAGCAGCACCCACCCGUAGUCUGCGCUCCAGCAGGUAUAUCUCACUGGUCAUUCCCAAAGCCAACACCUCCUUUGGCCGCCAUUCCUUCCAGUUCUCUGCUGCCAAUGACUGGAACGAAUUGCAAAAAUCUCUGAAGCUGGAGACUCUUAUCUCCCUCAAUAACUUUAAGCAUCAGUUGUCAGAGCACCUUACCGAUCACUGCACCUGUACACAGCCCAUCCGAAAUUAGCCCACCCAACUACCUCAUCCCUAUAUUGUUAUUUAUUUUGCUCUUUUGCACCCCAGUAUCUCUAUUUGCACAUAAUCUCUUGCACAUCUAGCAUUCCAGUGUUAAUACUAUUGUAAUUAUUUUGCACUAUAGCCUAUUUAUUGCCUUACCUCCAUAACUUGCUACAUUUGCACACACUGUAUAUAUAUUUUCUGUUGUAUUUCUGACUUUAUGUUUUUUUUACCCCAUAUGUAACUCUGUUGUUUUUAUUGCACUACUUUGCUUUAUCUUGGCCAGGUCGCAGUUGUAAAUGAGAACCUGUUCUCAACUGGCUUACCUGGUUAAAUAAAGGUGAAAUAAAUAAAAUAAAAAAGGACUAUCUGUUAUUGAAGAACCAAGACCAGGAGAUAGCAGGACGAUCUGUUAUUGCAUGGCAUGAAUCAUGAAUGAGUGGAAACAUUUCUUUCACUAUGGAUAUGUUGUUAUGACAUUUAUUGUCAGACGUCUGUGGAUGAUGUACACUGACCAGUCGAGUCAAGGUGAAAGAUAUGAUCCCUUAUUGAUGUCACCUGUUAAAUCCACUUCAAUCAGUGUAGAUGAAGGGGAGGAGACAGGUUAAAGAAGGACUUUUAAGCCUUGAGAUAAUUGAGACAUGGAUUGUGUGUUUGCCAUUCAGAGGGUGAAUGGGCAAGACAAAAUAUUUAAGUGCCUUUGAACGGGGUAUGGUAGUAGGUGCCAGGCGCACCCGUUUGAGUGUCAAGAACUGCAACGCUGCUGGGUUUUUCACGCUGAACAGUUUCCCGUGUGUAUCAACAAUGGUGUACCACCCAAAGGACAUCCAGCCAACUUGACACAACUGUGGGAAGCAUUGGAGUCAACAUGGGCCAAGCAUCCCUGUGGAACGCUUUCGACACCUUGUAGGGUCCAUGCCUCAACGAAUUGAGGCUGUUGUGAGGGAAAAAACGGGGGUGCAACUCAAUAUUAGGAAGGUGUUCCUAAUGUUUUGUCCACUCAGUGUACAUUAGAUCUCUUUACGCUAUGCAAGAUGUAUGUAAUAUAUAUGUAAUCUGUAUGUAAUCUAUAUGUAAUCUGUAUGUAAUCUAUAUGUAAUCUGUAUGUAAUCUAUAUGUAAUCUGUAUAUAAUCUAUAUGUAAUCUGUAUAUAAUCUAUAUGUAAUCUGUAUAUAAUCUGUGUGUAAUCUGUAUGUCUCCCUCCCUAGGCUCAGAUGGUGAGUCAUAUUAUAUGUCUGUGGAUGAGGAACACCAACCCUCUGCCACAGAGGAGCUGACUGACGUGCAGUUCAAGUUUGAAGUCAAAGCGGUACAGAGUUAUUAUUAUUAUUAUUAUUUUUUUUUUUUUAUUAUCUACGAAAAAUCCAAUAAUCAAAGCAAUACAUUUUUCUAUCGGUGACCCCAGUGGGAAUCGAACCCGCAACUCUGGUGUUACAAGCUCUACGCUCUACCAACUGAGCUACACAGGACCACAGCGUUGCUGUCUAAAGCGUUAUGAUGUUAUUGAGGUGUGUUUGGCGAUGUUCUCCAGGUGCUGUUGGAGUUGACGCGUCAGGCUGACCAGGAGAACACGCUGUUGGUCCUUAGUGUGUCUCAGCUGGGAGCAGAGGGCAAGAUGAGAACCUAUGACCUCACCAUCACAUCCUACCUCCGUAGAGUAGGCCUGGACUACUGUGAGAUCAGAGGUACUAGUAACCCUAACCCCUAACCUAUGACCUUACCCUCGCCUCCAUAAAGUAGGCCUGGACUACUGUGAGAUCAGAGGUACUAGUAACCCUAACCCCUAACCUAUGACCUCACCCUCACCUCCGUAAAGUAGGCCUGGACUACUGUGAGAUCAGAGGUACUAGUAACCCUAACUAACUAACCCUAACCUAUGACCUCACCCUCGCCUCCGUAAAGUAGGCCUGGACCACUGUGAGAUCAGAGGUACUAGUAACCCUAACUAACUAACCCUAACCCCUAACCUAUGACCUCACCCUCACCUCCGUAAAGUAGGCCUGGACUACUGUGAGAUCAGAGGUACUAGUAACCCUAACUAACUAACCCUAACCCCUAACCUAUGACCUCACCCUCGCCUCCGUAAAGUAGGCCUGGACCACUGUGAGAUCAGAGGUACUAGUAACCCUAACCCCUAACCUAUGACCUCACCCUCACCUCCGUAAAGUAGGCCUGGACUACUGUGAGAUCAGAGGUACUAGUAACACUAACUAACUAACCCUAACCCCUAACCUAUGACCUCACCCUCACCUCCGUAAAGUAGGUCCUACAGUAGAUGCUGCAUCUGGGAUGAAGUCAUCCACUUCACUACAUCCAUAGUAGUAGCACCCCGUGUAGGAUAUAGACUGGGCCGUGGGUGUCUAUAGUAGUAGCACCCCGUGUAGGAUAUAGACUGGGCCGUGGGUGUCUAUAGUAGUAGCACCCCGUGUAGGAUAUAGACUGGGCCGUGGGUGUCUAUAGUAGUAGCACCCUAUGUAGGAUAUAGACUGGGCCGUGGGUGUCUAUAGUAGUAGCACCCCGUGUAGGAUAUAGACUGGGCCGUGGGUGUCUAUAGUAGUAGCACCCCGUGUAGGAUAUAGACUGGGCCGUGGGUGUCUAUAGUAGUAGCACCCCGUGUAGGAUAUAGACUGGGCCGUGGGUGUCUAUAGUAGUAGCACCCCGUGUAGGAUAUAGACUGGGCCGUGGGUGUCUAUAGUAGUAGCACCCCGUGUAGGAUAUAGACUGGGCCGUGGGUGUCUAUAGUAGUAGCACCCCGUGUAGGAUAUAGACUGGGCCGUGGGUGUCUAUAGUAGUAGCACCCCGUGUAGGAUAUAGACUGGGCCGUGGGUGUCUAUAGUAGUAGCACCCCGUGUUGGAUAUAGACUGGGCCGUGGGUGUCUAUAGUAGUAGCACCCCGUGUAGGAUAUAGACUGGGCCGUGGGUGUCUAUAGUAGUAGUACCCCGUGUAGGAUAUAGACUGGGCCGUGGGUGUCUAUAGUAGUAGCACCCCGUGUAGGAUAUAGACUGGGCCGUGGGUGUCUAUAGUAGUAGCACCCCGUGUAGGAUAUAGACUGGGCCGUGGGUGUCUAUAGUAGUAGCACCCCGUGUAUGAUAUAGACUGGGCCGUGGGUGUCUAUGACCAGGAUAUGCCUAUUAUUUAUAUAAAUUCCAACGUCAAGCUGAUUCUAUCCCUCUAUAACAGGGAUGAGCAACUCCAGUCCAUUAUUAGUUGAUGAUUAGAGUCGGGUGUGUGUGUUAGCUGUGGCUCGGGUAAAAGUGUGAAACCAAUCGGGCCCCCCCCCCGAGGACUGAAGCUGUCCAUCCCCUGCUCUCUAGUCACCAUCACAUUCCAGUUGAAGAGCAACAGCAUCUUCGCUAACGUAAUGAAUUGUGUUAUUUCCAGACUCCAAUAACCAGCCUCUGCACCUGGUCAGCUCCUCAGACGAGCACGGCUCAGACCUGCUCAAGGUGGAGUACACCAAAGUAAGAGAAGUUUUACUCACUGGGCCCUUUGUCAAUCACUCCUCCUCGGUCUCAAAUCGAUCUCUUCUCUGUCUCUCUGUCUCUCUCGCUCUCUCUCGCUCUCUCUCUCUCUCGCUCUCUCGCUCUCUCGCUCUCUCGCUCUCUCGCUCUCUCUCGCUCUCUCGCUCUCUCGCUCUCUCGCUCUCUCUGUCUGUCUCUGUCUCACUCACUCACUCACUCACUCACUCACUAUUUCUAUUCAGUUGUGCGACUAUUGCAUUUUGGCCAAAUUCACAAGCAUGAUAUCUUAUUUUAGAAAUAAAAUCUCAAUAUAUUGUAUCGUAGGUCUAUCAUUCUAUGGAAAUCUUAUAUGACCUAAGCAGUUGUUUUCCAGAGCAGUCAGUAUUUGCGUUUUAACGUCAUGCUGUCUCUACCUACAGGCUGAUAUCAACAGAGCAGUCAGUAUUAGCGUUUUAACGACAUGCUGUCUCUACCUACAGGCUGAUAUCAACAGAUCAGUCAGUAUUAGCGUUUUAACGACAUGCUGUCUCCACCUACAGGCUGAUAUCAACAGAGCAGUCAGUAUUAGCGUUUUAACGACAUGCUGUCUCCACCUACAGGCUGAUAUCAACAGAGCAGUCAGUAUUAGCGUUUUAACGACAUGCUGUCUCCACCUACAGGCUGAUAUCAACAGAGCAGUCAGUAUUAGCGUUUUAACGACAUGCUGUCUCUACCUACAGGCUGAUAUCAACAGAGCAGUCAGUAUUAGCGUUUUAACGACAUGCUGUCUCCACCUACAGGCUGAUAUCAACAGAGCAGUCAGUAUUAGCGUUUUAACGACAUGCUGUCUCCACCUACAGGCUGAUAUCAACAGAGCAGUCAGUAUUAGCGUUUUAACGACAUGCUGUCUCCACCUACAGGCUGAUAUCAACAGAGCAGUCAGUAUUAGCGUUUUAACGACAUGCUGUCUCCACCUACAGGCUGAUAUCAACAGAGCAGUCAGUAUUAGCGUUUUAACGUCAUGCUGUCUCUACCUACAGGCUGAUAUCAACAGAGCAGUCAGUAUUAGCGUUUUAACGACAUGCUGUCUCCACCUACAGGCUGAUAUCAACAGAGCAGUCAGUAUUAGCGUUUUAACGACAUGCUGUCUCCACCUACAGGCUGAUAUCAACAGAGCAGUCAGUAUUAGCGUUUUAACGACAUGCUGUCUCCACCUACAGGCUGAUAUCAACAGAGCAGUCAGUAUUAGCGUUUUAACGUCAUGCUGUCUCUACCUACAGGCUGAUAUCAACAGAGCAGUCAGUAUUAGCGUUUUAACGACAUGCUGUCUCCACCUACAGGCUGAUAUCAACAGAGCAGUCAGUAUUAGCGUUUUAACGACAUGCUGUCUCCACCUACAGGCUGAUAUCAACAGAGCAGUCAGUAUUAGCGUUUUAACGACAUGCUGUCUCUACCUACAGGCUGAUAUCAACAGAGCAGUCAGUAUUAGCGUUUUAACGACAUGCUGUCUCCACCUACAGGCUGAUAUCAACAGAGCAGUCAGUAUUAGCGUUUUAACGACAUGCUGUCUCUACCUACAGGCUGAUAUCAACAGAGCAGUCAGUAUUAGCGUUUUAACGACAUGCUGUCUCUACCUACAGGCUGAUAUCAACAGAGCAGUCAGUAUUAGCGUUUUAACGACAUGCUGUCUCCACCUACAGGCUGAUAUCAACAGAGCAGUCAGUAUUAGCGUUUUAACGACAUGCUGUCUCCACCUACAGGCUGAUAUCAACAGAGCAGUCAGUAUUAGCGUUUUAACGACAUGCUGUCUCCACCUACAGGCUGAUAUCAACAGAGCAGUCAGUAUUAGCGUUUUAACGACAUGCUGUCUCCACCUACAGGCUGAUAUCAACAGAGCAGUCAGUAUUAGCGUUUUAACGACAUGCUGUCUCUACCUACAGGCUGAUAUCAACAGAGCAGUCAGUAUUAGCGUUUUAACGACAUGCUGUCUCCACCUACAGGCUGAUAUCAACAGAGCAGUCAGUAUUAGCGUUUUAACGACAUGCUGUCUCCACCUACAGGCUGAUAUCAACAGAGCAGUCAGUACUUGCUUUUAACGACAUGCUGUCUCCACCUACAGGCUGAUAUCAACAGAGCAGUCAGUAUUAGCGUUUUAACGACAUGCUGUCUCCACCUACAGGCUGAUAUCAACAGAGCAGUCAGUAUUAGCGUUUUAACGACAUGCUGUCUCUACCUACAGGCUGAUAUCAACAGAGCAGUCAGUAUUAGCGUUUUAACGACAUGCUGUCUCCACCUACAGGCUGAUAUCAACAGAGCAGUCUGUAUUAGCGUUUCUCCACCUAACAUGCUGUCUCUACCUAACAUGCUGUCUCUACCUAACAUGCUGUCUCCACCUAACAUGCUGUCUCCACCUAACAUGCUGUCUCCACCUACAGGCUGAUAUCAACGGGCCAGUAUUAUGUCUCCACCUAACAUGCUGUCUCUACCUAACAUGCUGUCUCCACCUAACAUGCUGUCUCCACCUAACAUGCUGUCUCCACCUAACAUGCUGUCUCCACCUAACAUGCUGUCUCCACCUAACAUGCUGUCUCCACCUAACAUGCUGUCUCCACCUAACAUGCUGUCUCCACCUAACAUGCUGUCUCCACCUAACAUGCUGUCUCCACCUAACAUGCUGUCUCCACCUAACAUGCUGUCUCUACCUACAGGCUGAUAUCAACAGAGCAGUCAGUAUUCGCGUUUUAACGACAUGCUGUCUCCACCUAACAUGCUGUCUCCACCUAACAUGCUGUCUCCACCUAACAUGCUGUCUCCACCUAACAUGCUGUCUCCACCUAACAUGCUGUCUCCACCUAACAUGCUGUCUCCACCUAACAUGCUGUCUCCACCUAACAUGCUGUCUCCACCUAACAUGCUGUCUCUACCUAACAUGCUGUCUCCACCUAACAUGCUGUCUCCACCUACAGGCUGAUAUCAACGGGCCAGUAUUAUGUCUCCACCUAACAUGCUGUCUCCACCUAACAUGCUGUCUCCACCUAACAUGCUGUCUCCACCUAACAUGCUGUCUCCACCUAACAUGCUGUCUCCAGCUAACAUGCUGUCUCUACCUACAGGCUGAUAUCAACGGGCCAAACUUCAAAACCAUGUUUGACAACACCGAGCAGAACCUGAAGGUAGGUGAUAUGAAUUGGUAGUGUUUUUCCCCCUCUGAGUAACCAAGGUAACAGCCGAUUUUAAGUAUCGUAAAGGGUUUCCCAACACGUCUCGUCGCCACGUUUGUCUGCUUCACAGUAUUUUACAUGGAGACAGUUCUAUGCUAACCACUUCCUCAACGAGUCUUUAAGAUCCUUUCUAAGAGCAGGAAUCUUUCCAUUGUGCUGCCUGUCGUAGGUUACCCAGCUAUAGAUGUACAGAUGGUUGUUUGAGAAGAUUAGAAUGAUCAAACCUGGCAAUAUUUACCUUUUUUUGGGUGGGGUGGGGUGGGGGGGGGGGGGAGAACUGCACACGAUAUGAGGUCCUCUGUAGCUCAAUGUGGUCCUCUGUAGCUCAAUUAGUAGAGCAUGGCGCUUGUAACGCCAGGGUAGUGGGUUCGAUCCCCGGGACCACCCAUACGUAAAAAUGUAUGCACGCAUGACUGUAAGUCGCUUUGGAUAAAAGCGUCUGCUAAAUGGCAUAUUAUUAUUAUUAUUAUAUUAUUAUAACUGAAUUUGCUGUAACUGAAUAAUGCUUCAUCUAGAGCCUAGAUAUGCCUGGAAUAUACGUUGUGUUGCCAUGUUUUAAAAGUUUGUUCAGCAUUACAGGUUUUUUGAAUCAAUAGUAGUGUGUUUGCUUCUCACUCAGCUAUUUCAGAACCAACGUGAGAAAGACAGAAAUCAAUGUUAAUCGUAAAGGCAUAGGUUAAUCACUUUCCAGUCCUAUUUUUCCACACAGUUUUAGUGUGAUGGCUGAGAAAAGGUUAAAGGUGUUUGUUUGUCAGAGACCUUAGUCAUGCAGCCGCUGCCUUGGUCACACACACACACACACACACACACACACAUACACACACACAUACACACACACACACUCUUUCUCUCUCUCUCUCUCUCUCUCUCUCUCUCUCUCCUCUCUGUCUGCUGUCUGUCUGUCUGUCUGUCUGUCUGUCUGUCUGUCUGUCUGUCUGUCUGUCUGUCUGUCUGUCUGUCUGUCUGUCUGUCUGUCUGUCUGUCUGUCUGUCUGUCUGUCUGUCUGUCUGUCUGUCUGUCUGUCUGUCUGUCUGUCUGUCUGUCUGUCUGUCUGUCCUGUCUGUCUGUCUGUCUGUCUGUCUGUCUGUCUGUCUGUCUGUCUGUCUGUCUGUCUGUCUGUCUGUCUGUCUGUCUGUCUGUCUGUCUGUCUGUCUGUCUGUCUGUCUGUCUGUCUGUCUGUCUGUCUGUCUGUCUGUCUGUCUGUCUGUCUGUCUGUCUGUCUGUCUGUCUGUCUGUCUGUCUGUCUGUCUGUCUGUCUGUCUGUCUGUCUGUCUGUCUGUCUGUCUGUCUGUCUGUCUGUCUGUCUGUCUGUCUGUCUGUCUGUCUGUCUGUCUGUCUGUCUGUCUGUCUGUCUGUCUGUCUGUCUGUCUGUCUGUCUGUCUGUCUGUCUGUCUGUCUGUCUUCUGUCUUUGCUGUCCUGUUCUUCGUCUGUUUCUCGUCUGCUCUCGCUGUCUGUCUCUCUCGUCUGUCUCUCGUCUGUCUGCUCUCUCCUCUGUCUCGUCUCUUCGUCUCUGCUCUGUCUCGUCUUCGUCUGUCUCUCUGUCGCUCUCUGCCUUCUGUCUCUGUCCUCUCUUCUCUCUGUCUCUCUUUCUCUCUUCUGUCUCGUCCUUUCUUCUCUCUCUCCUCUCUGUCUCUCCUCUGUCUGUCUCUCUGUCUCUCUUCUCUCUCUUCUUCUGCUCUCUCUCUUCUGUCUCUCUCUCUCUGUCUCUCUCUCUCUCGUCUCUCUCUCCUCUGCUUCUUCUCUACUUCUCUGUCUCCUCUCUCUCUCCUCUGUCUCUCUCUCUCUCUCUCUGCUCUCUUCUGUCUCUCUCUGUCUCUCUCUCUCCUCUCUCUCUUCUCUUGUCUCUGUCUCUGUCUUCUUCUCUGUCUCUCUCUCUCUCCUCUCUCUCUCUCUCUCUCUCUCUCUCUCUCUCUCUCUCACUGUGUAGUGAUCCCUGAAUAGAUUUUAUGAUGUUGAUAUCGUCAUUAUGAUAAGGAUGCUGGAUGAAAUGCCACAGUGUUGCUGUCCUAAUGUUUAUAAUUUAGCACUCCCAGUAAAUGUGUCAAUAGAACCCACACUACAACCCUUUCCUCCCUUAUGCUGCAGGGGGUUACAGCCCCAAAACCAACAGUGUAGAAAAAAUUAUCAAUCGAUGAUGACGUACAGUAAGAGCGCAAAAUAAUACUAUUAGAUAUAGAUAGAUCAUUGUUUCUUUUAGACAUUUUCUAAAACGAUGUAUCUUCCUUUUUUCUAUUGAUAAAAAGCUCCCAUGACUAACGCUGGAUAGGCUCAUGAUAUUACAUACUCAUGGUAGGCUCAUGAUAUUACAUACUCAUGAUAGGCUCAUGAUAUUACAUACUCAUGAUAGGCUCAUGUUAGACUGACACUAACGCUGGGUAGGCUCAUGAUAUUACAUACUCAUGAUAGGCUCAUGUUAGACUGACACGAACACUGGGUAGGCUCAUGAUAUUACAUACUCAUGAUAGGCUCAUGAUAUUACAUACUCAUGAUAGGCUCAUGUUAGACUGACACUAAUGCUGGGUAGGCUCAUGAUAUUACAUACUCAUGAUAGGCUCAUGAUAUUACAUACUCAUGAUAGGCUCAUGUUAGACUGACACUAACACUGGGUAGGCUCAUGAUAUUACAUACUCAUGAUAGGCUCAUGAUAUUACAUGCUCAUGUUAGACUGACACUAACGCUGGGUAGGCUCAUGAUAUUACAUACUCAUGAUAGGCUCAUGAUAUUACAUACUCAUGAUAGGCUCAUGAUAUUACAUACUCAUGAUAGGCUCAUGUUAGACUAACACUAACGCUGGGUAGGCUCAUGAUAUUACAUACCCAUGAUAGGCUCAUGUUAGACUAACACUAACACUGGGUAGGCUCAUGAUAUUACAUACCCAUGAUAGGCUCAUGAUAUUACAUACCCAUGAUAGGCUCAUGUUAGACUGACACUAACGCUGGGUAGGCUCAUGAUAUUACAUACCUAUGAUAGGCUCAUGAUAUUACAUACUCAUGAUAUGCUCAUGAUAUUACACACCCAUGAUAGGCUCAUGAUAUUACAUACCCAUGAUAGGCUCAUGUUAGACUGACACUAACGCUGGGUAGGCUCAUGAUAUUACAUACCCAUGAUAGGCUCAUGAUAUUACAUACUCAUGAUAUGCUGAUAUUACACACCCAUGAUAGGCUCAUGAUAUUACAUACCCAUGAUAGGCUCAUGUUAGACUGACACGAACGCUGUGUAGGCUCAUGAUACACUACUCAAAAAAAUUAAGGGAACACUAAAAUAACACAUCCUAGAUCUGAAUGAAUGAAAUAAUCUUAUUAAAUACUUUAUUCUUUACAUAGUUGAAUGUGCUGACAACAAAAUCACACAAAAAUGAUCAAUGGAAAUCAAAUUUAUCAACCCAUGGAUGUCUGGAUUUGGAGUCACACUCAAAAUUAAAGUGGAAAACCACACUACAGGCUGAUCCAACUUUGAUGUAAUGUCCUUAAAACAAGUCAAAAUGAGGCUCAGUAGUGUGUGUGGCCUCCACGUGCCUGUAUGACCUCCCUACAACGCCUGGGCAUGCUCCUGAUGAGGUGGCGGAUGGUCUCCUGAGGGAUCUCCUCCCAGACCUGGACUAAAGCAUCCGCCAACUCCUGGACAGUCUGUGGUGCAACGUGGCGUUGGUGGAUGGAGCGAGACAUGAUGUCCCAGAUGUGCUCAAUUGGAUUCAGGUCUGGGGAACGGACGGGCCAGUCCAUAGCAUCAAUGCCUUCCUCUUGCAGGAACUGCUGACACACUCCAGCCACAUGAGGUCUAGCAUUGUCUUGCAUUAGGAGGAACCCAGGGCCAACCGCACUAGCAUAUGGUCUCACAAGGGGUCUGAGGAUCUCAUCUCGGUACCUAAUGGCAGUCAGGCUACCUCUGGCGAGCACAUGGAAGGCUGUGCGGCCCCCCAAAGAAAUUAGGAUGUUGCAGGCAGCAGAACGUUCUCCACGGCGUCUCCAGACUCUGUCACGUCUGUCACAUGUGCUCAGUGUGAACCUGCUUUCAUCUGUGAAGAGCACAGGGCGCCAGUGGCGAAUUUGCCAAUCUUGGGGUUCAUUUCAUACCGAUGAUAGGCUCAUGUUAGACUGACACUAACGCUGGGUAGGCUCAUGAUAGGCACAUGUUAGUAAACGCUGCAAGGAAAGUCAUUGUAGUAUUAGGAUUGUGGGAUUAGCCGUAAGAUCCUAGUAGGAUCCUAGUAGUAUUUAUUUUUAUUCCACCUUUAUUUAACCAGGUAAGCCAGUUGAGAACAAGUUCUCAUUUACAACUGUGACCUGGCCAAGAUAAAGCAAAGCAGUGCGAUAAAAACAACAACAACACAGAGUUACAUAUGGGGUAAAACAAAACAUAAAGUCAAAAAUACAACAGAAAAUAUAUAUACAGUGUGUUCAAAUGUAGUAAGUUAUGGAGGUAAGGCAAUAAAUAGGCCAUAGUGCAAAAUAAUUACAAUUUAGUAUUAACACUGGAAUGAUAGAUGUGCAGAAGAUGAUGUGCAAAUAGAGAUACUGGGGUGCAAAUGAGCAAAAUAAAUAACAAUAUGGGGAUGAGGUAGUUGGGUGGGCUAAUUACAGAUGGGCUGUGUACAGGUGCAGUGAUCGGUAAGCUGCUCUGACAAGUGUCUCCAGCUUCAGAGAUUUUUGCAGUUCGUUCCAGUCAUUUGCAGCAGAGAACUGGAAGGAAUGGCGGCCAAAGGAGGUGUUGGCUUUGGGGAUGACCAGUGAGAUAUACCUGCUGGAGCGCAUACUACGGGUGGGUGUUGCUAUGGUGACCAAUGAGCUAAGAUAAGGCGGGGAUUUGCCUAGCAGUGAUUUAUAGAUGACCUGGAGCCAGUGGGUUUGGCGACGAAGAUGUAGUGAGGGCCAGCCAACGAGAGCAUACAGGUCACAAUGGUGGGUAGUAUAUGGGGCUUUGGUGACAAAACGGAUGGCACUGUGAUAGACUACAUCCAAUUUGCUGAGUAGAGUGUUGGAGGCUAUUUUGUAAAUGACAUCGCCGAAGUCAAGGAUCGGUAGGAUAGUCAGUUUUACGAGGGCAUGUUUGGCAGCAUGAGUGAAGGAGGCUUUGUUGCGAAAUAGGAAGCCGAUUCUAGAUUUAACGUUGGAUUGGAGAUGCUUAAUGUGAGUCUGGAAGGAUAGUUUACGGUCUAACCAGACGCCUAGGUAUUUGUAGUUGUCCACAUAUUCUAAGUCAGACCCACCGAGAGCAGUGAUUCUAGUCGGGCGGGCGGGUGCAAGCAGCGUUCGAUUGAAGAGCAUGCAUUUAGUUUUACUUGCGUUUAAGAGCAGUUGGAGGCUACGGAAGGAGUGUUGUAUGGCAUUGAAGCUCAUUUGGAGGUUUGUUAACACAGUGUCCAAUGAAGGGCCAGAUGUAUACAAAAUGGUGUCGUCUGCGUAGAGGUGGAUCUGAGAGUCACCAGCAGCAAGAGCGACAUCAUUGAUAUGCACAGAGAAUAGAUUUGGCCCGAGAAUUGAACCCUGUGGCACCCCCAUAGAGACUGCCAGAGGUCCAGACAACAGGCCCUCCGAUUUGACACAUUGAACUCUAUCUGAGAAGUAGUUGGUGAACCAGGCAAGGCAGUCAUUUGAGAAACCAAGGCUAUUUAGUCUGCCAAUAAGAAUGCAGUGAUUGACGGAGUCGAAAGCCUUGGCCAGGUCGAUGAAGACGGCUGCACAGUACUGUCUUUUAUCGAUCGCGGUUAUAAUAUCGUUUAGGACCUUGAGCGUGGCUGAGGUGCACCCAUGACCAGCUCAGUAACCAGAUUGCAUAGCGGAGAAGGUACGGUGGGAUUUGAAAUGGUCGGUGAUCUGUUUGUUAACUUGGCUUUCAAAUACUUUCGAAAGGCAGGGCAGGAUGGAUAUAGGUCUGUAACAGUUUGGAUCUAUAGUGUCACCCCCUUUGAAGAGGGGGAUGACCGCGGUAGCUUUCCAAUCUCUGGGGAUCUCAGACGAUACGAAAGAGAGGUUGAACAGGCUGGUAAUAGGGAUUGCGACAAUUUUGGCGGCUAAUUUUAGAAAGAAAGGGUCCAGAUUGUCUAGCCCAGCUGAUUUGUAGGGGUCCAGAUUUUGCAGCUCUUUCAGAACAUCAGCUAUCUGCAUUUGGGUGAAGGAGAAGCGGGAGGGGGGGCAUGGGCAAGUUUCAGCGGUGGGUGCAGAGCUGGUGGCCGGGGUAGGGGUAGUCAGGUGGAAAGCAUGGCCAGUCAUAGCAAAAUGCUUGUUGAAAUGUUCAAUUAUCGUAGAUUUAUCGGUAGUGACAGUGUUUCCUAGCCUCAGUGCCGUGGGCAGCUGGGAGGAGGUGCUCUUAUUCUCCAUUGACUUUACAGUGUCCCAAAACUUUUUGGAGUUAGUGCUACAGGAUGCAAAUUACUGUUUGAAAAAGCUAGCCUUUGCUUUCCUAACUGAUUGUGUAUAUUGGUUCCUGACUUCACUGAAAAGUUGCAUAUCGCGUGGGCUGUUCGAUGCUAAUGCAGUACGCCACAGGAUGUUUUUGUGCUGGUCAAGGGCAGUCAAGUCUGGGGUGAACCAGGGGCUAUAUCUGUUCUUAGUUCUGCAUUUUUUGAAUGGGGCAUGCUUAUUUAAGAUGGAGAGAAAGCAAUUUUAAAGAACAACCAGGCAUCCUCUACUGACGGAAUGAGGUCAAUAUCCAUCCAGGAUACCCGGGCCAGGUCAAUUAGAAAGGCCUGCUUGCUGAAGUGUUUUAGGGAGCGUUUGAUAGUGAUGAGGGGUGGUCGUUUGACCGCGGACCCAUUACGGACGCAGGCAGUGAUCGCUGAGAUCCUGGUUGAAGACAGCGGAGGUGUAUUUAGAGGGUAAAUUAGUCAGGAUGAUAUCUAUGAGGGUGCCCAUGUUUACGGAUUUAGGGUUGUACCUGGUAGGUUCCUUGAUAAUUUGUGUGAGAUUGAGGGCAUCUAGUUUAGAUUGUAGGACGGCCGACGUGUUAAGCAUAUCCCAGUUUAGGUCACCAAGCAGUACAAACUCUGAGGAUAGAUGGGGGGCAAUCAAUUCAUAUAUGGUGUCCAGUGCACAGCUGGGGGCUGAGGGGGGUCUGUAGCAAGCGGCAACAGUGAGAGACUUAUUUCUGUUAAGGUGGAUUUUUUGAAGUAGGAGCUCAAACUGUUUGGGUACAGACCUGGAUAGUAUGAUAGAGCUCUGCAGGCUAUCUCUACAGUAGAUUGCAACUCCGCCCCUUUUGGCAGUUCUAUCUAGACGGAAAAUGUUGUAGUUCGGAAUGGAAAUUUCUGAAUUUUUGGUGGCCUUCCUAAGCCAGGAUUCAGACACUGCUAGAACAUCAGGGUUGGCGGAGUGUGCUAACGCAGUGAAUAAUUCAAACUUAGGGAGGAGGCUUCUGAUGUUAACAUGCAAGAAACCAAGGCUUUUGCGGUUACAGAAGUCAACAAAUGAUAGCGCCUGGGGAGUAGGAGUGAUACUGGGGGCUGCAGGGCCUGGGUUAGCCUCUACAUCACCAUAGGAACAGAGAAGGAAUAGAAUAAGGAUACGGCUAAAGGCUUUAAGAACUGGUCUUCUAGUGCGUUGGGUACAGAGAAUAAAAGGGACAGAUUUCCGGGCGUUGUAGAAUUGAUUCAGGGCAUUAUGUACAGACAAAGAUAUGGAAGGAUAUGAGUACAGUGGAGGUACACCUAAGUGUUGUGUAACAAUGAAAGAGAUGGCAUCACUGGAGGCACCGAUUGAGCCGAUCUCCGCGUGUAUUGGGGGUGGGACAAAGGAGCUAUCUGAGGCAGGUUGAGCUGGACUGGGGGCUCUACAGUGAAAUAGUACAAUAAGAAAUAGCCGAAACAGCAAUAGGCAAGGCGUAUUGACAUGGGAGAGAGGCAUAAAGCAAUCACAGGUGUUAUUCGAGAGAGCUAAGAAAACAGCUGGUAAUGGCGACGAAAGUUUGGGCUGAGGCUAAACAGAUAAACAGGAUGAGGUACCGUAUAAAGGAACAGUCCAGCAGGCAUCAGCUGUGUAGCUGAGUGAUCAUAAGGUCCAGUGAACAGCAAUAGGUGAGUCCGAGAGCAGUUCAGUGGCUGCUACGCUACAGGCGAGCAGGAGGCACGGCUGUUGAUUGCGCGUGCUAGCGGGUCGGGGCUAGCAGAUGGAUCUUUGUGGUGUUCGCAACGGGAAGCCUGUUGAAACCACAUCAGACGAUUACGUCGGCAGACCAGUCGUGAUGGAUCUGCGGGGCUCCGUGUCAACACUAGGAGGUCCCCCAGUAGUUCUAGUAGGAUCCUAGUAGUAGUUAUCUGUAUUGAUGUGACUCAGUAGUUAUAGUAGGAUCCUAGUAGUAGUUAUCUGUAUUGAUGUGACUCAGUAGUUCUAGUAGGAUCCUAGUAGUAGUUAUCUGUAUUGAUGUGACUCAGUAGUUAUAGUAGGAUCCUAGUAGUAGUUAUCUGUAUUGAUGUGACUCAGUAAUUCUAGUAGUAUUGAUUAUUUAUUAAAACAGUGCCUUCGGAAAGUAUUCAGACCCCUUUACUUUUUCCACAUUUUGUUACUUUACAGUCUUAUUCUAAAAUUGAUUACAUCGUUUUUUUCUCCCUCAUCAAUCUACACACAAUACCCCAUAAUGACAAAGCAAAAACAGGUUUUUAGAAUUGUUUUCUAAUUUAUUAAAGAUUAAAAACUGAAAUAUUACAUUUACGUAAGUAUUCAGAUCCUUUACUCAGUACUUUGUUGAAGCACCUUUGGCAGCGAUUACAGCAUCGAGUCUUCUUGGGUAUGACGCUACAAACUUGGCACACCUGUAUUUGGGGAGUUUCUCCCGUUCUUCUCUGCAGAUUCUCUCUAGCUCUGUCAGGUUGGAUGGGGAGCAUCGCUACACAGCUAUUUUCAGGUCUCUCCAGAGAUGUUCGAUCGGGUUCAAGUCCGGGCUCUGGCUGGGCCACUCAAGGACAUUCAGAGACUUGUCCCGAAGGCCACUCCUGCGUUGUCUUGGCUGUGUGCUUAGGGUCGUUGUUCUGUUGGAAGGUGAACCUUCGCCUGCGCUCUGCGCUCUGGAGCAGGUUUUCAUCAAGGAUAUCUCUGUACUUUGCUCUGUUCAUCUUUCCUUCGAUCCUGACUAGUCUCCCAGUCCCUGCCACUGAAAAACAUCCCCACAGCAUGAUGCUGCCACCACCAUGCUUCACCGUAGGGAUGGUGCCAGGUUUUCUCCAGACGUGACGCUUGGCAUUCAGGCCAAAGAGUUCAAUCUUGGUUUCAUCAGACCAGAGAAUCUUGUUUCUCAUUGUCUGGGAGUCCUUUAGGUGCCUUUUGGCAGACUCCAAGCGGGCUGUCAUGUGCCUUUUACUGAAGAGUGGCUUCCGUCUGGCCACUCUGCCAUAAAGGCCUGAUUUAUGGAGUGCUGCAGAGAUGGUUGUCCUUCUGGAAGGUUCUCCCAUCUUAUCAGAGGAACUCUAGAGCUCUGUGACCAUUGGUUUCUUUGUCACCUCCCUGACCAAGGCCCUUCUCCCCCGAUUGCUCAGUUUGGCCGGGCAGCCAGCUCUAGGAAGAGUCUUGGUGGUUCCGAACUUCUUCCAUUUAAGAAUGAUGGAGGCCACUGUUCUUGGAGACCUUCAAAGCUGCAGACAUUUAUUGGUACCCUUUCCCAGAUCUGUGCCUCGACACAAUUCUGUCUCGGAGCUCUAAGGACAAUUCCAUUGACCUAAUGGCUUGGUUUUUGCUCUGACAUGCACUGUCAACUCUGGGACCUUAUAUAGACAGGUGUGUGCCUUUCCAAAUCAUGUCCAAUCAUUUGAAUGUACCACAGGUGGACUCCAACCAAGUUGUAGAAACAUCUCAAGGAUGAUCAAUGGAAACAGGAUGCACCUGAGCUCAAUUUCGAUUCUGAUAGCAAAGGGUCUGAAUACUUAUGUAAAUAAGGUAUUUCUGUUUUAAAUUUCUUAUAAAUUAGCAAAAAUUAAAUAAAAUAAAAAUUGUUUUCGCUUUGUCAUUAUGAGGUGUUGUGUGUAGAAUUUUUUAAAUCUAAUCCAUUUUAGAAUAAGGCUGUAACGUCAAGGGGUCUGAAUGCUUUCUCCUUGUAUUGGUGCAGUAUUAAUGUGAAUGGUAUAAAUAUCUCCAGGUGGAGUUGUCCUCUCUAGACUUUCUCCUCCACACCAAAGCGCUCCUCUCCACCAUCAACUAUCUGAACACAGCCGUACCCCAGGGGCUGACCGCCUCCAAGGACAGAGAGGCCAAGAGACAGGUGGAGAAGGCAGGACAGGGAAAGACAGGUACCAUGAUGCAAUGCUCUGCUAUAUAUUACUAUACUAUAACACGAAUAUACUACACUAAUAAACCAUACUAUACUAUACGAAACAUACCAUACUAACGAUACUAUACUAUAAUACACUAUAACUAUACUAACUAUAAUAACUAGACCAGAUAUACUAUACUAUAUACUAUACCAUAAACUAUACUAAAACUAUACUAGAAUACACGAUAACGCAUCUAUACUAUAGACGAUAAUACACGAGACCAUACAACUAACUAGACAACAGAAUACACACACCAACAGACAACAUACAGACAUGACAGAAAUACAAGGAAGACUAGACAUACAUACUAAACUAACAACGAGAACUAUACAAGAGACGAAUAGACACGAAACACAAGACAGACUAGACGAUAGACAAGAGACAUACUAUAAACACACACAGACGUAGACUAGAAUAUAUAUACGAGUACAAAUACACUGAACCAGACUAACAUGACUAGAAUGACACGACACAUACUAGACGAACGAGAUACAGAAACAACGAACGAUACACAUGACACAAACAUACGAGUACUAACGUAAAACACGAACCAACUAACCAUACUAGACAGUACUAUACUAUAAACACUACACCAUACAUAAUAACCAUAUCAACAUAACUAUACUAUACCAUACAUACUAUAAUAUGACCAUAUCAUACUAUACUAUAAUAUACCAUACAUACUAUAAUAUACCAUACUAUACAUAAUACACUAUACCAUACUAUACUAUAAUAUACCAUAUCAUACUAUAAUAUACCAUAUCAUACUAUACUAUAAUAUACCAUACUAUACUAUAAUACACUAUACCAUACUAUACUAUAAUAUACCAUAUCAUACUAUAAUAUACCAUAUCAUACUAUACUAUAAUAUACCAUACUAUACUAUAAUACACUAUACCAUACUAUACUAUAAUAUACUAUAUAGGGGUGUAACGAUCCAUCUACUACAUCGAUGUAUCGAUUUAUAUUCCUAUGAUCCAACUACAUCGAUCUGUGCUCGGCGAGUUGGCCUUUUGGACAACAUAUAUCAAUCUAACAUCGUUUUAAAAUGUAAUAAAUCGAUUGUAUCGAUACUAGGAAAUAACCCAUUGGAUUUAAGCACGUCAGACUUUAUAUGGAUGUUUUUUCUUAGCACUUUUAAUGAUAAAGGCUUUAAACAUUACUCGAUUCAGUCUGCCUAUCCGUGACGUCAUCGCAGCGCAAAGGCGCAAAGACAACAAAACAUAGCAUGGCGGACGACAGAGGAGAAGCCGACGAGCGAGAAAUUAUCAAGCCACCAUUGCGGUCCUUACAAGAAACAGGAAUCUAGGAAACUUCACCUGCACUGUCCAGUAUCCAGGUAUUUAUUUCAGUCACACUGGUUGAAUUUUUGGCUAAAAGGUUACUGAAUCGAUUUCAAGUCACUGAAUCGUUUCGGAUCGUAUCGUUCUAAAUGAACCAAUAUCGUCCUUGAAUCGUAUCGACAACCACGAAUCGUGAUACAAAUCGAAUCGUUGUUAAAACGAAUCGUUACACCCCUAAUACUAUACCAUACUAUACUAUAAUAUACCAUAAUAUACCAUACUAUACUAUAAUAUACCAUACUAUACUAUAAUAUACCAUACUAUACUAUACUAUACUAUAAUAUACUAUACUAUAAUAUACCAUACUAUACCAUGCUAUAAUAUACUAUACUAUAAUAUACCAUACUAUACUAUAAUACACUAUACCAUACUAUACUAUAAUAUACCAUACUAUACUAUAAUAUACCAUACUAUACUAUAAUAUACCAUAUCAUACUAUAAUAUACUAUACCAUACUAUACUAUAAUAUACCAUAUCAUACUAUACUAUAAUAUACUAUACUAUACCAUGCUAUAAUAUACUAUAAUAUACUAUACCAUGCUAUACUAUACUAUAAUAUACCAUAUCAUACUAUACUAUAAUAUACUAUACCAUACUAUACUAUACCAUGCUAUAAUAUACUAUACUAUACUAUAAUAUACUAUACUAUAAUACACUAUACCAUACUAUACUAUAAUAUACUAUACCAUACUAUACUAUACCAUGCUAUAAUAUACUAUAAUAUACUAUAAUAUACUAUACUAUAAUACACUAUACCAUACUAUAAUAUACUAUACUAUAAUACACUAUACCAUACUAUACUAUAAUAUACUAUACCAUACUAUAAUAUAAUAUACUUUACUAUACCAUACUAUAAUAUACCAUACUAUACUAUGUUCAGUAUAUGUAGGUCAACAUAUAGCCAUUAAAAAGACUAGUAUUAACUAUUUUCAAAUGUUGUGUAACUGUUCUCCUCUGCAGUGUCGAAAGGAGCAAAACACGUCAAUGUGUUCAACUUCAAACUGUUUGCUAUGCUGGGUUCAUUCCAUGUGGAGGUCUGUGAUGACCGGCAGAACAUCGCUGACAUCAGAAUACAAGGUAAGACGUGACCAAUCAUCUGAAAGGAGACUUACCUUCACAUGUUUUAUUUUUUGGGGGGGGGGUGUUAUGCUGCUGAUUAAACUUACAAACCCACUUUUGGAAAAUGGCGUUCAAAGUGUAUUUCAGUUAUCUCUGCAUGUGAUUGACGUACGGUGUAUUCAUUGUGUUGACGAGAGUGUACUUGACGUGACUAAUGUGUCGUCAGGUAUCGAUGCGUCGGUCCUGGUCCAGGCCAAAGAGACAGCAGUGUUCGCCAGGCUCAGGGACAUAGUUGUGAUGGACGUCGACCCCAAAACUAUCCACAAAAAGGUGAUUGAUUUAAAAAUGAUUAUUGCAUUGGUCCCGUCUCCAUUAACUCGACCUUUUAUUAGUUACUAUUGACUAGUACAGACCGAAGUACACCAUCGGCCAAUGAAUGUUAUGUUAUUACACGCAUUGUUAGUGAGCUAAAGUGGUAGUUUAGUAAAUACAAAUGAACAAAGUAAUGUAGUCUGUUUAUUGCAAGGAGGAUAUAUAUCGUCAACAUGCUGCAAUGUCCUGUAGGCGGUCUCCAUCGUGGGUGAGGAGGUGUUCAGCUUUAAGAUGUCCCUGUACCCCAGCGCUACGGAGGGAGAGGGCUAUUCGGACACCUCCAAGGUGGACGGGAAGGUCACCAUGAGGCUGGGCUGCAUCCAGAUCGUCUAUCUGCACAAGUUCCUCAUGUCUUUACUGGUGAGGGAGAACCUCGGGGAUAGGUAUCAAGAGCUGGCGACAAGGUUAGGGCUCGGUUCCAUUUCAAUUCCAGGCAAUUCAGGAAGGUACACUGAAAUUCCAAUUCUCUUCAAUGCUUUUCAAUGAGUAAAAAAAAAAAAAAAAAAUUGGAAUUAAAAUGUUGUUUACUUUCUGAAUUGACAGGAAUUGAAAUGGAAUUGAUCCCAACCGGGGGCACACAUUCAGAUAGCAACUUCACCACUGAGUGGAACAUGGUUUAAGAGGACCCAUGUCAUUGAUUUUGGAAAUGUAGAUAAAUGUGUUAUGGUUAUGUCUAUGUAGCUUGCUAUGGGCCAAUUUCUUAGACCCAGAUUAAGCCUAUUCCUCAACUAAAAAGUAGUUUCAAUGGAGAUUCUCUAUUGAGCAUGACUAGGUUUAGUUUAGGAACAGGAUGCAUCUUGGUCCAGGAAACCAGCCCUUUAUGUUGCAGGGGAACUUUAUUAGGAUGUUUUGGUGAACACAAAUCAAUUUGAGUCCUUUUAUGUUACCAGGAAGCCUUAAAACGUUAUUUCAAUUUCUGAGAACCUGUUUCCUUUUAUCUUCUGAACUCUCUCUUUCUUUCUUUUUCAAUUUCCCCUAAAUCUGUGUUGUUCUCUCCAGGCCUCUUAUAGCUAUCAGUAUCCUCAGUAUCCCUCUCCUGAUGAGGUACAGGUUAUGGCAUGCAGCACAGCACAACACUAAACUACAGGUUAUGGCAUGCAGCACAUCACUAAACUACAGCAUUCACCCUCUGCUUUGCAGCUUCAACACACCCAGACACCACAGCACUGUUAACCACUACCUUACGCCCAUGGCCCUAGCUUAAGGAGCAGGGUUAGGGCCCUAGUUUAAGGACAGGGUUAGGGCCCUAGUUUAAGGACAGGGUUAGGGCCCUAGUUUAAGGACAGGGUUAAGGCCCUAGCUUAAGGACAGGGUUAGGGCCCUAGCUUAAGGACAGGGUUAGGGCCCUAGUUUAAGGACAGGGUUAAGGCCCUAGUUUAAGGACAGGGUUAGGGCCCUAGCUUAAGGACAGGGUUAGGGCACUAGCUUAAGGACAGGGUUAGGGCCCUAGUUUAAGGACAGGGUUAGGGCCCUAGCUUAAGGAGCAGGGUUAGGGCCCUAGCUUAAGGAGCAGGGUUAGGGCCCUAGCUUAAGGAGCAGGGUUAGGGCACUAGCUUAAGGACAGGGUUAGGGCCCUAGUUUAAGGACAGGGUUAGGGCCCUAGUUUAAGGACAGGGUUAAGGCCCUAGCUUAAGGACAGGAUUAGGGCCCUAGCUUAAGGACAGGGUUAGGGCCCUAGCUUAAGGACAGGGUUAGGGCCCUAGCUUAAGGACAGGGUUAGGGCCCUAGCUUAAGGACAGGGUUAGGGCCCUAGCUUAAGGACAGGGUUAGGGCCCUAGCUUAAGGACAGGGUUAGGGCCCUAGCUUAAGGAGAAGGGUUAGGGCCCUAGUUUAAGGACAGGGUUAGGGCCCUAGCUUAAGGAGCAGGGUUAGGGACCUAGCUUAAGGAGCAGGGUUAGGGCCCUAGCUUAAGGACAGGGUUAGGGCCCUAGCUUAAGGACAGGGUUAGGGCCCUAGCUUAAGGAGCAGGGUUAGGGCCCUAGCUUAAGGAGCAGGGUUAGGGCCCUAGCUUAAGGACAGGAUUAGGGCCCUAGUUUAAGGACAGGGUUAGGGCCCUAUCUUAAGGACAGGGUUAGGGCCCUAGCUUAAGGACAGGGUUAGGGCCCUAGCUUAAGGACAGGGUUAGGGCCCUAGCUUAAGGACAGGGUUAGGGCCCUAGCUUAAGGACAGGGUUAGGGCCCUAGUUUAAGGACAGGGUUAGGGCCCUAGCUUAAGGACAGGGUUAGGGCCCUAGCUUAAGGAGCAGGGUUAGGGAAGGACAGGGUUAGGGCCCUAGCUUAAGGAGCAGGGUUAGGGCCCUAGCUUAAGGAGCAGGGUUAGGGCCCUAGUUUAAGGACAGGGUUAGGGCCCUAGCUUAAGGACAGGGUUAGGGCCCUAGUUUAAGGACAGGGUUAGGGCCCUAGCUUAAGGACAGGGUUAGGGCCCUAGUUUAAGGACAGGGUUAGGGCCCUAGUUUAAGGACAGGGUUAGGGCCCUAGUUUAAGGACAGGGUUAGGGCCCUAGUUUAAGGACAGGGUUAGGGCCCUAGUUUAAGGACAGGGUUAGGGCCCUAGCUUAAGGACAGGGUUAGGGCCCUAGCUUAAGGACAGGGUUAGGGCCCUAGCUUAAGGACAGGGUUAGGGCCCUAGCUUAAGGACAGGGUUAGGGCCCUAGCUUAAGGACAGGGUUAGGGCCCUAGCUUAAGGACAGGGUUAGGGCCCUAGUUUAAGGACAGGGUUAGGGCCCUAUCUUAAGGAGGAUAGUUAGGGCCCUAGCUUAAGGACAGGGUUAGGGCCCUAGCUUAAGGACAGGGUUAGGGCCCUAGCUUAAGGACAGGGUUAGGGCCCUAGUUUAAGGACAGGGUUAGGGCCCUAGUUUAAGGAGCAGGGUUAAGGCCCUAGCUUAAGGAGGAUGGUUAGGGCCCUAGCUUAAGGACAUGGUUAGGGCCCUAGCUUAAGGACAGGGUUAGGGCCCUAGUUUAAGGACAGGGUUAGGGCCCUAGUUUAAGGACAGGGUUAGGGCCCUAGCUUAAGGACAGGGUUAGGGCCCUAGCUUAAGGACAGGAUUAGGGCCCUAGUUUAAGGACAGGGUUAAGGCCCUAGUUUAAGGAGCAGGGUUAAGGCCCUAGCUUAAGGAGGAUGGUUAGGGCCCUAGCUUAAGGAGGAUGGUUAGGGCCCUAGCUUAAGGACAUGGUUAGGGCCCUAGCUUAAGGACAUGGUUAGGGCCCUAGCUUAAGGACAGGGUUAGGGCCCUAGCUUAAGGAGCAGGGUUAGGGCCCUAGUUUAAGGACAGGGUUAGGGCCCUAGCUUAAGGACAGGAUUAGGGCCCUAGUUUAAGGACAGGGUUAGGGCCCUAGCUUAAGGACAGGGUUAAUUCAAAUUUUAUUUAUUUUUUAUCUCAUAGAGAAGCGUUAUAAUUAGAAUUGUUUAUUUCAGUUUAGUACCUUGACUGAAUGGAAAUGGAAUUGGCCCCAACCCUGUUAAGAACCUAUACGUUUUACACAUUACUCACAGAAACAUUUAACCCUUGUGUGACCGAGUGGGCUUGUGCGAACCCUGUCAGUGUAAAGCCUUUAACUUUGUGUCACACAUUGAAAAGAGGGCACCAUUUUGUCUUUUCAAUGGCUGCUCACUCCUAGCCUGGUCCCAGAUCUGUUUUUUUGUGUAGCCAAUUCCCAUGGUUACAUGUUUGGUGUGACAGUGACCUUAGAUAGGAGUUGGCAAGACGGCACCAACAGAUCCGGGACAGGGCUACCCCACUCCAACUCCUCCUGUGUGUGUGUUUUAAGUCGAUGGAUGUGUGGGUUGAAACCAUAAAAAUGAAAAGCACUCCUAGUUACCAUGCGAUACCGACAUGACAGCAGCAGAGGGGAAGCGGCAGUUCAGUGAGGUCAGGUAGGAUUCCAAGAGGUGGUCGGCCUUUCGUGUCCUAGCUCCACUAAUGUUUUAAUGGCUGUGUUUUAAUAACCGUCGUCUCUAGGCAAGAAAUGCCCCAUUUAACAACGCUGACAGGUACAAUUCUGACAAAUGGUCCUUUUCGUACAACCCAGGGUAGUUAAUCACCAAUGCUACAGCAGGAAGCUGUCUUGGCUGUCUUGAAAGGUAUAUUUAAAAAGAGGAGAGGAGACAGCAUAGUCACUAUAGCUUGAUGUGUGUUUGUUGGGAUGUAUGUAAUGUCCAGCGUGACUGAACAUAUUUCUCUGUGGACAUGCUGUAUGUAAAAGAAAACUCUUGUUGAUGACUGAGUGUGGUAAAGUAUUUGAUUGGUCUGUUAUCCAGUUUAAUAUGAUGCUCUGGUCUUGAUGGCAUGUUAAUAGCCAUGUCUCUUUCUAUGUAAUGUCUCUUGCUCUGUUUCUAAAUCUCAUUGGCACUUUGGAUAUCUCUCUAAACUUUGUGGAAUGGGUCUGUCGUCGCACGAAAAAGGAAUGCUUUUCAUGCACAACGUAACAGUAACCCAACUCACUCUCCAUUUUAAGUGCUACGCAAAUCUCACUCAACUGCCAAUUUUUAAAACAUCUUUAAAACUGCCCAACUGUAUCCUCCUCCUGUUUUCUUUCCUUCCAUCUGUUUUUCCCUUGUGUGAAUUCGCUUCCAGUAAACAGUGUUUAAGGUUACAAAUUUGCGUCACCUAGUUUCACAUGUGUUAUGCGUAACAUGAGUUGUUCCCCUUACCCUGGCUUACAUCCAGCACUAUACAGAACCUCAGCAUGCCUGUCCUGCUGUAUUAGUACCGUCAUGGUCUCUCUCUCUCUCUCUCGCCGUCCCCCCCCAGACGUUUCUGGACAACUUCCAGACAGCCAAAGAGGCGCUUAGUGCGGCCACGGCCCAGGCAGCAGAGAAGGCCGCCUCCAGCAUCAGGGACUUUGCCCAGAAGAGCUUCCGUCUCUCCAUGGACAUCAAGCUGAAGGCCCCACUCAUCAUCAUCCCUCAGUCCUCCACCUCCCACAAUGCACUGGAGGUGGACCUGGGGCUCAUCACCGUGGGCAACAGUUUCAGUCUGAUGUCUGCCGAAGGGUUCCCGCUCCCCGUUGUGUUGGAUACGAUGGAUGUCAAGCUCACUCGGCUCAAACUGUCCAGGUAUCAGAGGAGACCCCAAAAAAAAAAUGUCAUGGCGCUUUGAAGUGUGUGUGUGUCGUCUGAUUUUAGGUAAUCCCACUUUUUAUUCAUCUCUCCGUAGGACCACGCUGAAACAAGGCUCCCCACAGCCAGACAUUGAGAUCCUUCAGCCAAUCAACUUAGAGCUGCUGGUCAAACGGAACCUGGCCUCUUCCUGGUACAACAAGAUCCCCGGAGUAGAGGUCCAAGGAAUGCUCAAGUCUAUGAAUGUAGGUUGGCAUCUUCCAUUUAAUUUAUUUUCUUUUUUUGGGGGGGGGCAAUUUUUUCCCCCUUCCACUUUCACUGAAAGCUUGUGGUUUUAUGGAUACAGAACGUACCUUCUACGAGGACAGAUCUACCUAGUAACACAGAUGUUUGAUCUAAAUGGGAUCUAGCUUUAUCUAGAUAAAGGAGACGUACAUCAACACCAAUCAAGAUGUUUUCCAUCUUUUAAUCUCCUCCCUCCAGAUGGUUCUUGGUCAGGAGGACUUUGGUGUUCUGAUGAAGAUACUGGUGGAGAACAUCGGAGAGGGGAGCAGGGAGCACAUCAUGGAUGUCAAGAAACAAGUAGCCCAAGGUAGAUCAUAGUGACUUACCCACCAAACACACUGUAACCAAGGCCUGGAGUUUUUCCUCGUCCUGGUCAGGUCAUCUUGUUGUCAGGGAAAACUCCUGGCCCAUUUAGAAACAGAAUGAAUAGAACGGGCGUCCCCAUUCAAGUCAGUGGUGGCAUAAUGGGUGGACUGGCGGCCAUCGCAAGUGUACCCAUAUUAGCAAAGCAGAAGGUAAAAGCAGGAAGUGUACCCAUCAGGGGUUAGACGUUCCGUUCUAUGGAUUCUAUUUCAAUGCUGUAACCAUUCCAGAAGGACAGCUUUGAUAAGCAGAAUGACAUUUACUGAAAGUAGAUAGUUAGGCUGAUCCCAGGUCAGUUUGUGCUGUCUUGCCAACUCUUAUGAUGCAAUAACCAGCAUAAACUGAUCGGGAACCAGGCUAAAUGAUAAUGUAUUGCAUGCAUGUCAAUCCUGAAGACAAAAUUUCCAUUCCACAAGAUUGAACAAUAACGUUUUUGAAUCUGGAAUCUUUUCUUCUAACGUCUAGAGAAAGCAGAGAUGGCAAUGCAGAUGAACAUGUAUUGCUAUAGAUAAUGUAUAUUGAACAGAUGAUAAUGUCUUUGCUGGUAAUGUCUAGACAAGGCAGAGCUGGCUGAGAAGCACCAGCUGGAGGUGAUGUCUCUACCUGUGGAGGCUGGAGGAGGAGGACAGCCUGCUGCUACCACCAAUGGAGGAGGACUGGGGGAAAACAUAGUCAAUAUGCUGCUCAACCUGGAGAUUAAAGAGGUAGCUAUCUAACCAUAUAAGGGCAGUGGUCCGUUGGGCUUUAAAUGAGGUGGCUAAUGAACACAGUGGUCCGUUGGGCUUUAAAUGAGGUGGCUAAUGAACACAGUGGUCCGUUGGACUUUUAUGAGGUGGCUGAUGAACACAGUGGUCCGUUGGGCUUUAAAUGAGGUGGCUAAUGAACACAGUGGUCCGUUGGGCUUUAAUGAGGUGGCUAAUGAACACAGUGGUCCGUUGGGCUUUAAAUGAGGUGGCUAAUGAACACAGUGGUCCGUUGGGCUUUAAAUGAGGUGGCUAAUGAACACAGUGGUCCGUUGGGCUUUAAAUGAGGUGGCUAAUAAACACAGUGGUCCGUUGGGCUUUAAUGAGGUGGCUAAUGAACACAGUGGUCCGUUCGGCUUUUAUGAGGUGGCUAAUGAACACAGUGGUCCGUUGGGCUUUUAUGAGGUGGCUAAUGAACACAGUGGUCCGUUGGCCUUUAAAUGAGGUGGCUAAUGAACACAGUGGUCCGUUGGGCUUUAAAUGAGGUGGCUAAUGAACACAGUGGUCCGUUGGGCUUUAAAUGAGGUGGCUAAUGAACACAGUGGUCCGUUGGGCUUUAAAUGAGGUGGCUAAUGAACACAGUGGUCCGUUGGGCUUUAAAUGAGGUGGCUAAUGAACACAGUGGUCCGUUGGGCUUUAAGUGAGGUGUCUAAUGAACACAGUGGUCCGUUGGGCUUUAAAUGAGGUGGCUAAUGAACACAGUGGUCCGUUGGGCUUUAAAUGAGGUGGCUAAUGAACACAGUGGUCCGUUGGGCUUUAAAUGAGGUGGCUAAUGAACACAGUGGUCCGUUGGGCUUUAAAUGAGGUGGCUAAUGAACACAGUGGUCCGUUGGGCUUUAAGUGAGGUGUCUAAUGAACACAGUGGUCCGUUGGGCUUUAAAUGAGGUGGCUAAUGAACACAGUGGUCCGUUGGGCUUUAAAUGAGGUGGCUAAUGAACACAGUGGUCCGUUGGGCUUUAAAUGAGGUGGCUAAUGAACACAGUGGUCCGUUGGGCUUUAAAUGAGGUGGCUAAUGAACACAGUGGUCCGUUGGGCUUUAAUGAGGUGGCUAAUGAACACAGUGGUCCGUUGGGCUUUAAAUGAGGUGGCUAAUGAACACAGUGGUCCGUUGGGCUUUAAAUGAGGUGGCUAAUGAACACAGUGGUCCGUUGGGCUUUAAAUGAGGUGGCUAAUGAACACAGUGGUCCGUUGGGCUUUAAAUGAGGUGGCUAAUGAACACAGUGGUCCGUUGGGCUUUUAUGAGGUGGCUAAUGAACACAGUGGUCCGUUGGGCUUUAAAUUAGGUGGCUAAUGAACACAGUGGUCCGUUCGGCUUUUAUGAGGUGGCUAAUUAACACAGUGGUCCGUUGGGCUUUUAUGAGGUAGCUAAUGAACACAGUGGUCCGUUCGGCUUUUAUGAGGUGGCUAAUGAACACAGUGGUCCGUUCGGCUUUUAUGAGGUGGCUAAUGAACACAGUGGUCCGUUCGGCUUUUAUGAGGUGGCUAAUGAACACAGUGGUCCGUUGGGCUUUAAAUGAGGUGGCUAAUGAACACAGUGGUCCGUUCAGCUUUUAUGAGGUGGCUAAUGAACACAGUGGUCCGUUGGGCUUUAAUGAGGUGGCUAAUGAACACAGUGGUCCGUUGGGCUUUAAAUGAGGUGGCUAAUGAACACAGUGGUCCGUUGGGCUUUAAAUGAGGUGGCUAAUGAACACAGUGGUCCGUUGGGCUUUAAAUGAGGUGGCUAAUGAACACAGUGGUCCGUAUGCUGUAGCUUUAGUACUGUAAUGCAGCACCAAGGGAAAUAAAAUGGCUCUUUGUGCUGUUGGAUGUUGAUGCAGUUUAAACGGGUUAAAGUAUCUAUUUUCCAUCACUCAAAUCUCCUUCAUUGUCUAUUACCAAGAUAUGGAUAUUAUUACAGAAGAGAACGUGUUCUUAAUGACUAACCUGGUUAAAUAAAGGCAGACUAAAUAUGGUUGAAUCUCUCCAUCAGGUGGUUCUGAAGCUGAAGAAGUCCAGGUCAGAUCGGAAGGAGAGUCCGUUCCUGGUUCUCCACGUCGCCCAGCUGGGCAUCCACACCAAUGUCAGGAAGUAUGACAUGGUGGCCACAACGUACAUCAAGAAGAUCUCCAUGAAGUGCCUGGAAUUCCCAGGUCGGUGGCUUUAGCCUGUCAAGUUUUAAUGCUAUAGGCUAGACUUUAUAAUGCAUGUUGAAUACGAUAGUUAAUAUGACAUGGUGGCCACAGCGUACAGUGCCUUCGGAAAGUAUUCAGAACCCUUGACUUUUUCCACAUUUUGUUACGUUACAGCCUUAUUCUAAAAAGGAUUUAAAUAAAAACAUUUCCUCAGCAAUCUACUCACAAUACCCCGUAAUGACAAAGCGAAAACAGCUUCAUACCCAAGAAGAAUCAAGGCUGUAAUCGCUGCCAAAGGUGCUUCAACAAAGUACUGAGUAAAGGGUCUGAAUACUUAUGUAAAUGUGAUAUUUAAUUGUUUUAUUUGUAAUAAAUUAGCAAACAUUUCUAAAAACCUGUUUUUGCUUUGUCAUUAUGGGGUAUUGUGUGUAGAUUGAUGAGGGGAAAAAAACGAUUUAAUCAAUUUUAGAAUAAGACUGUAACAAAAUGUGGAAAAAGUCAAGGGGUCUGAAUACUUUCCGAAGGCACUGUACGUCAAGAAGAUGACCAUGAUGUACCUCGGAUUCUCAGAUCGGUGGCUUUAGCCUCACAUGUUUAAAUACUUAAAUACUGAAUACAAUAGUUACCAUGAUUUAAACUGGUCUGACAUUCUUGUUAGAUAAUGAAAUACCCAUAACACAUCCCAGUGUUGUAGUUGGUAAAUCAGAAUGCCAUUGAUUUUCAUUCUCCUGUUGUAUAGAUUCCAGCGGUGAACCACUGUGUCUGGUCAGUUCCUCGGUGGAGUCUGGUGCUGACCUACUCAAAGUGGAAUACUUCAAGGUGGGACACGCCUACUUAUUUUGUUAUACACUGAGUGUACACCUUCCUAAUAUUGAGUUCCACCCCCCGUUUUGCUCUCAGAACAGCCUCAAUUUGUCGAGGCAUGGCCUCUACAAGGUGUCGAAAGCGUUCCACAGGGAUGCUUGGCCCAUGUUGACUCCAAUGCUUCCCACAGGGAUGCUUGGCCCAUGUUGACUCCAAUGCUUCCCACAGUUGUGUCAAGUUGGCUGGAUGUCCUUUGGGUGGUGGACUGUUCUUGAUACACACGAGAAACUGUUGAGCGUCAAAACCCAGCAGCGUUGCAGUUCUAUGACACAAACCGGUGCGCCUGGCACCUACUACCAUACCCCGUUCAAAGGCACUUACAUCUUUUGUCUUGCCCAUUCACCCUCUGAAUGGCACACAUACACAAUCCAUGUCUCAAUUGUCUGAAGGCUUAAAUAAUUAUUUAACCCGUCUCCUCCCCUUCAUCUACGCUGAUUGAAGUGGAUUUAACAAGUGACAUCAAUAAGGGAUCACAGCUUUCACCUGGUCAGUCUGUCAUGGAAAGAGCAGGUCAAAUCAAAUCAAAUCAUGUGGUGUUCCUAAUGUUUUGUAUACUCAGUCUAUACCUCUAGUACAGUCUAUACCUCUAGUACAGUCUAUACCUCUAGGACAGUCUAUACCUCUAGUACAGUCUAUACCUCUAGUACAGUCUAUACCUUUAGUUCAGUCUAUAGUACAGUCUAUACCUCUAGUACAGUCUAUACCUCUAGUACAGUCUAUACCUCUAGUACAGUCUACAGUACAGUCUAUACCUCUAGUACAGUCUAUACCUCUAGUUCAGUCUAUACCUCUAGUACAGUCUAUACCUCUAGUACAGUCUAUACCUCUAGUACAGUCUAUACCUUUAGUUCAGUCUAUAGUACAGUCUAUACCUCUAGUACAGUCUAUACCUCUAGCACAGUCUAUAGUACAGUCUAUACCUCUAAUACAGUCUAUACCUCUAGUACAGUCUACAGUACAGUCUAUACCUCUAGUACAGUCUAUACCUCUAGUACAGUCUAUACCUCUAGUGCAGUCUAUACCUCUAGUACAGUCUAUACCUCUAGUACAGUCUAUACCUCUAGUACAGUCUACAGUACAGUCUAUACCUCUAGUACAGUCUAUACCUCUAGUGCAGUCUAUACCUCUAGUGCAGUCUAUACCUCUAGUGCAGUCUAUACCUCUAGUUCAGUCUAUAGUACAGUCUAUACCUCUAGUACAGUCUAUACCUCUAGUACAGUCUAUACCUCUAGUACAGUCUAUACCUCUAGUUCAGUCUAUACCUCUAGUAUAGUCUAUACCUCUAGUACAGUCUACAGUACAGUCUAUACCUCUAGUACAGUCUAUACCUCUAGUACAGUCUAUACCUCUAGUACAGUCUAUACCUCUAGUACAGUCUAUACCUUUAGUACAGUCUAUACCUCUAGUUCAGUCUAUACCUCUAGUACAGUCUAUACCUCUAGUACAGUCUACAGUACAGUCUAUACCUCUAGUACAGUCUAUACCUCUAGUACAGUCUAUACCUCUAGUACAGUCUAUACCUUUAGUACAGUCUAUACCUCUAGUACAGUCUAUACCUCUAGUACAGUCUAUACUACAGUCUAUACCUCUAGUUCAGUAUAUACCUCUAGUACAGUCUACAGUACAGUCUAUACCUCUAGUGCAGUCUAUACCUCUAGUACAGUCUAUACCUCUAGUACAGUCUACAGUACAGUCUAUACCUCUAGUACAGUCUACAGUACAGUCUAUACCUCUAGUACAGUCUAUACUACAGUCUAUACCUCUAGUUCAGUCUAUACCUCUAGUACAGUCUAUACCUCUAGUACAGUCUAUACCUCUAGUACAGUCUACAGUACAGUCUAUACCUCUAGUACAGUCUAUACCUCUAGUACAGUCUACAGUACAGUCUAUACCUCUAGUGCAGUCUAUACCUCUAGUACAGUCUAUACCUCUAGUACAGUCUACAGUACAGUCUAUACCUCUAGUACAGUCUAUACCUCUAGUUCAGUCUAUACCUCUAGUCUAGUCUAUACCUCUAGUACAGUCUAUACCUCUAGUACAGUCUAUACCUCUAGUACAGUCUAUACCUUUAGUUCAGUCUAUAGUACAGUCUAUACCUCUAGUACAGUCUAUACCUCUAGUACAGUCUAUAGUACAGUCUAUACCUCUAGUACAGUCUAUACCUCUAGCACAGUCUAUAGUACAGUCUAUACCUCUAAUACAGUCUAUACCUCUAGUACAGUCUACAGUACAGUCUAUACCUCUAGUACAGUCUAUACCUCUAGUACAGUCUACAGUACAGUCUAUACCUCUAGUGCAGUCUAUACCUCUAGUACAGUCUAUACCUCUAGUACAGUCUACAGUACAGUCUAUACCUCUAGUACAGUCUAUACCUCUAGUUCAGUCUAUACCUCUAGUUCAGUUUAUACCUCUAGUACAGUCUAUACCUCUAGUACAGUGUAUACCUUUAGUUCAGUCUAUAGUACAGUCUAUACCUCUAGUACAGUCUAUACCUCUAGUACAGUCUAUACCUUUAGUUCAGUCUAUAGUACAGUCUAUACCUCUAAUACAGUCUAUACCUCUAGUACAGUCUACAGUACAGUCUAUACCUCUAGUACAGUCUAUACCUCUAGUACAGUCUAUACCUCUAAUACAGUCUACAGUACAGUCUAUACCUCUAGUACAGUCUAUACCUCUAGUACAGUCUAUAGUACAGUCUAUACCUCUAGUUCAGUCUAUACCUCUAGUACAGUCUAUACCUCUAGUACAGUCUACAGUACAGUCUAUACCUCUAGUACAGUCUAUACCUCUAGUACAGUCUAUACCUCUAGUACAGUCUAUACCUUUAGUACAGUCUAUACCUCUAGUACAGUCUAUACCUCUAGUACAGUCUAUACCUCUAGUACAGUCUACAGUACAGUCUAUACCUCUAGUACAGUCUAUACCUCUAGUACAGUCUAUACCUCUAGUACAGUCUACAGUACAGUCUAUACCUCUAGUACAGUCUAUACCUCUAGUACAGUCUAUACCUUUAGUACAGUCUAUACCUCUAGUACAGUCUAUACCUCUAGUUCAGUCUAUACCUCUAGUACAGUCUAUACCUCUAGUACAGUCUAUACCUCUAGUACAGUCUAUACUACAGUCUAUACCUAUAGUUCAGUCUAUACCUCUAGUAUAGUCUAUACCUCUAGUACAGUCUACAGUACAGUCUAUACCUCUAGUACAGUCUAUACCUCUAGUACAGUCUAUACCUCUAGUACAGUCUACAGGACAGUCUAUACCUCUAGUUCACUCUAUACCUCUAGUACAGUCUAUACCUCUAGUACAGUCUAUACCUCUAGUACAGUCUAUACCUCUAGUACAGUCUAUACCUCUAGUACAGUCUAUACCUCUAGUACAGUCUAUACUACAGUCUAUACCUCUAGUACAGUCUAUACUACAGUCUAUACCUCUAGUACAGUCUAUACCUCUAGUACAGUCUACAGUACAGUCUAUACCUCUAGUACAGUCUAUACCUCUAGUACAGUCUAUAGUACAGUCUAUACCUCUAGUACAGUCUAUACCUCUAGUACAGUCUAUACCUCUAGUACAGUCUAUACUACAGUCUAUACCUCUAGUGCAGUCUAUACCUCUAGUACAGUCUACAGUACAGUCUAUACCUCUAGUACAGUCUAUACCUCUAGUACAGUCUAUACCUCUAGUACAGUCUAUACCUCUAGUACAGUCUAUACCUCUAGUACAGUCUAUACUACAGUCUAUACCUCUAGUUCAGUCUAUACCUCUAGUACAGUCUACAGUACAGUCUAUACCUCUAGUGCAGUCUAUACCUCUAGUACAGUCUAUACCUCUAGUACAGUCUACAGUACAGUCUAUACCUCUAGUACAGUCUAUACCUCUAGUACAGUCUACAGUACAGUCUAUACCUCUAGUACAGUCUAUACUACAGUCUAUACCUCUAGUUCAGUCUAUACCUCUAGUACAGUCUAUACCUCUAGUACAGUCUAUACCUCUAGUACAGUCUACAGUACAGUCUAUACCUCUAGUACAGUCUAUACCUCUAGUACAGUCUACAGUACAGUCUAUACCUCUAGUGCAGUCUAUACCUCUAGUACAGUCUAUACCUCUAGUACAGUCUACAGUACAGUCUAUACCUCUAGUACAGUCUAUACCUCUAGUUCAGUCUAUACCUCUAGUUCAGUCUAUACCUCUAGUACAGUCUAUACCUCUAGUACAGUCUAUACCUCUAGUACAGUCUAUACCUUUAGUUCAGUCUAUAGUACAGUCUAUACCUCUAGUACAGUCUAUACCUCUAGCACAGUCUAUAGUACAGUCUAUACCUCUAAUACAGUCUAUACCUCUAGUACAGUCUACAGUACAGUCUAUACCUCUAGUACAGUCUAUACCUCUAGUACAGUCUACAGUACAGUAUAUACCUCUAGUGCAGUCUAUACCUCUAGUACAGUCUAUACCUCUAGUACAGUCUACAGUACAGUCUAUACCUCUAGUACAGUCUAUACCUCUAGUUCAGUCUAUACCUCUAGUUCAGUCUAUACCUCUAGUACAGUCUAUACCUCUAGUACAGUGUAUACCUUUAGUUCAGUCUAUAGUACAGUCUAUACCUCUAGUACAGUCUAUACCUCUAGCACAGUCUAUAGUACAGUCUAUACCUCUAAUACAGUCUAUACCUCUAGUACAGUCUACAGUACAGUCUAUACCUCUAGUACAGUCUAUACCUCUAGUACAGUCUAUACCUCUAAUACAGUCUACAGUACAGUCUAUACCUCUAGUACAGUCUAUACCUCUAGUACAGUCUAUAGUACAGUCUAUACCUCUAGUUCAGUCUAUACCUCUAGUACAGUCUAUACCUCUAGUACAGUCUACAGUACAGUCUAUACCUCUAGUACAGUCUAUACCUCUAGUACAGUCUACAGUACAGUCUAUACCUCUAGUACAGUCUAUACCUCUAGUACAGUCUAUACCUCUAGUACAGUCUACAGGACAGUCUAUACCUCUAGUUCACUCUAUACCUCUAGUACAGUCUAUACCUCUAGUACAGUCUAUACCUCUAGUACAGUCUAUACCUUUAGUACAGUCUAUACCUCUAGUACAGUCUAUACCUCUAGUACAGUCUAUACCUCUAGUACAGUCUACAGUACAGUCUAUACCUCUAGUACAGUCUAUACCUCUAGUACAGUCUAUACCUCUAGUACAGUCUACAGUACAGUCUAUACCUCUAUUACAGUCUAUACCUCUAGUACAGUCUAUACCUUUAGUACAGUCUAUACCUCUAGUACAGUCUAUACCUCUAGUUCAGUCUAUACCUCUAGUACAGUCUAUACCUCUAGUACAGUCUAUACCUCUAGUACAGUCUAUACUACAGUCUAUACCUAUAGUUCAGUCUAUACCUCUAGUAUAGUCUAUACCUCUAGUACAGUCUACAGUACAGUCUAUACCUCUAGUACAGUCUAUACAUCUAGUACAGUCUAUACCUCUAGUACAGUCUACAGGACAGUCUAUACCUCUAGUUCACUCUAUACCUCUAGUACAGUCUAUACCUCUAGUACAGUCUAUACCUCUAGUACAGUCUAUACCUCUAGUACAGUCUACAGUACAGUCUAUACCUCUAGUACAGUCUAUACCUCUAGUACAGUCUAUACUACAGUCUAUACCUCUAGUACAGUCUAUACUACAGUCUAUACCUCUAGUACAGUCUAUACCUCUAGUACAGUCUACAGUACAGUCUAUACCUCUAGUACAGUCUAUACCUCUAGUACAGUCUAUACCUCUAGUACAGUCUAUACCUCUAGUACAGUCUAUACUACAGUCUAUACCUCUAGUGCAGUCUAUACCUCUAGUACAGUCUACAGUACAGUCUAUACCUCUAGUACAGUCUAUACCUCUAGGACAGUCUAUACCUCUAGUACAGUCUAUACCUCUAGUACAGUCUAUACCUCUAGUUCAGUCUAUACCUCUAGUACAGUCUAUACCUCUAGUACAGUCUACAGUACAGUCUAUACCUCUAGUUCAGUCUAUACCUCUAGUUCAGUCUAUACCUCUAGUACAGUCUAUACCUCUAGUUCAGUCUAUACCUCUAGUACAGUCUAUACCUCUAGUACAGUCUAUACCUCUAGUACAGUCUAUACCUCUAGUACAGUCUACAGUACAGUCUAUACCUCUAUUACAGUCUAUACCUCUAGUACAGUCUAUACCUUUAGUACAGUCUAUACCUCUAGUACAGUCUAUACCUCUAGUUCAGUCUAUACCUCUAGUACAGUCUAUACCUCUAGUACAGUCUAUACCUCUAGUACAGUCUAUACUACAGUCUAUACCUAUAGUUCAGUCUAUACCUCUAGUAUAGUCUAUACCUCUAGUACAGUCUACAGUACAGUCUAUACCUCUAGUACAGUCUAUACCUCUAGUACAGUCUAUACCUCUAGUACAGUCUACAGGACAGUCUAUACCUCUAGUUCACUCUAUACCUCUAGUACAGUCUAUACCUCUAGUACAGUCUAUACCUCUAGUACAGUCUAUACCUCUAGUACAGUCUACAGUACAGUCUAUACCUCUAGUACAGUCUAUACCUCUAGUACAGUCUAUACUACAGUCUAUACCUCUAGUACAGUCUAUACUACAGUCUAUACCUCUAGUACAGUCUAUACCUCUAGUACAGUCUACAGUACAGUCUAUACCUCUAGUACAGUCUAUACCUCUAGUACAGUCUAUAGUACAGUCUAUACCUCUAGUACAGUCUAUACCUCUAGUACAGUCUAUACCUCUAGUACAGUCUAUACCUCUAGUACAGUCUAUAGUACAGUCUAUACCUCUAGUACAGUCUAUACCUCUAGUACAGUCUAUACCUCUAGUACAGUCUAUACCUCUAGUGCAGUCUAUACCUCUAGUACAGUCUACAGUACAGUCUAUACCUCUAGUACAGUCUAUACCUCUAGGACAGUCUAUACCUCUAGUACAGUCUAUACCUCUAGUACAGUCUAUACCUCUAGUUCAGUCUAUACCUCUAGUACAGUCUAUACCUCUAGUACAGUCUACAGUACAGUCUAUACCUCUAGUUCAGUCUAUACCUCUAGUUCAGUCUAUACCUCUAGUACAGUCUAUACCUCUAGUUCAGUCUAUACCUCUAGUACAGUCUAUACCUCUAGUACAGUCUAUACCUCUAGUACAGUCUGUAGUACUUACAGUGUUCUUGAUUUGACCUUGUGCUCUGUGUAUUGAUUGGCUAUAUAAAGAUUGAGAGUUCUUGCUAAAGUCCACACUAAGUCAACAAAAUGCAAAGCACUUUGCUUUAAUGGAAUAUUCUCAUGGAGUCUUAUUAUUAUUAUUAAAGCCUUGUAUAAGAGCAAAUACAAAGUCGAUACAGGUUCAAUGGAACACUCGACUUCCCCCUACAGUUCUGGAAUUAUUUGAUAACUUUGGAAAUUGAAGCGUUGACGUCAUUAAGUUAAUAAAUACCCAAUGAAACACCUUCAUGAACCUUUCCUAAAAUAGGAAUUUUCAGAUAAGAAUUCUUCAAAAAUACAAAGAGGCCCUUUCCCAGAAUCACCAUCGUCACUGUACUGUGGUUAUAUGAAUGAUAGUGUGUUAUAGCUGUUCAGAAACCCCCGGCCAUAUGUCCCUCUCUCUGUGGACAUGUGUUCUGUUGCCAGGCAGCAGACUCUAGUGUCAAUACAACCCAAAGACGUCUGGCUCAAUGUCAGCUUCUUCCCGCGGCCCCAACGUCAGUUGGAGAUACUGUGCAGGACGGCGUUACAUUAUCACUGUAAUUAUCAACACAAUAGACCAGGGCACUCUCCAGACCUGGGCCUGUGUCCAAAAUGGCACCAUAUUCCAUAUAAUAAUAAUAAUAAUAAUAAUAUGCCAUUUAGCAGACACUUUUAUCCAAAGCGACUUACAGUCGUGCAUGCAUACAUUUUUGUGUAUGGGUGGUCCCGGGGAUCGAACCCACUACCUUGGCGUUACAAGCGCCGUGCUCUACCAGCUGAGCUACAGAGGACCACAUAUAUACAGUGCACUAAUUUUGUGCACUAAUUUUAACCAGAACCCUGUGCCGGCCCUUUGUCAAAAGUAGUGUACUAUAUAGGAGUAGGGUGCCAUUGUAGACACAGCCCCAUGGCGCUCUGCAGACGUGGUGGUGCCUGGCACCAAGGGUCUGAUAACGGGAUCAUCACUGUUAUCUUAGUAAGAUCGACGUGUUUUAUAGGAUUGAUUCAAAGUGUAUCUUCUUUUCCAAAUGAAUGGUUUUCAGAAGCGGUGGUCCUAGUUACAAAAGCUGUAUUUCUAAGGAGCCAUGAGUAGGCCUAGUCAAAUUCUACACUGUGUUACUUUGAGCGUUUAACAACUGCUAAUGUUUUGUGAUUGGGAUCGAUUUGUGUUUUCAUUGUGGUUCCAUUACCCCUAAAUGACUGCUAAUUGAUUUGCGUUUUCAUUGUGUUUCCAUUACCUCUAAAUGACUGCUAAUUGAUAUGUGUUUUCAUUGUGUUUCCAUUACCUCUAAAUGACUACUAAUUGAUUUGUGUUUUCUUUCUUCUCAGGCUGACAGAAAUAGGCCAAACUUUGCCACUGUUCACAAGAAUACUGAGCAGAUGAUCAAUGUAAGUAAUGAUAUCUAAUCAUUCUAUUCUCCACAAAUGCCACCUUUUGUCCCGUACACCCAAGCGGGCAAAAUGAAAUGACAUAAUUUCAACCAGAUUCCAACCAGUUCUGUUUUUAAACUAGCAUUUACUAGUUGUGCUCGCUGGAACAGGUUCUGAUAUGUGUCUUAUGUUAGAUAGAUUCACUUGUGCGUUUAUAAAUUCAGCGGCCGUGCUGAUGUAUCCUGGUGGUUGUUGAAUGGGCAUCUGAGAGGUCUGUGAAGCCUGCCGACAUCUCCCUGUUCUCCUGUUCUCUAAGACCUCAAACGGCUCCUUUGAUUUACCGUCUGAUCGUCACAGUCCAUGUGACUUGGUUAAGAGGCUCUCUCUCUCUCUCUCUCUCUCUCUCUCUCUCUCUCUCUCUCUCUCUCUCUCUCUCUCUCUCUCUCUCUCUCUCUCUCUCUCUCUCCCCCUCUCCCCCCGUCCCCCCGUCCCACCCUCCUGUAGGUGACCUUUACUUCCCUGGAUCUACUGCUCCACACUGAGGCUCUCCUCUCCACCAUAGACUUCCUGUCUUCAGCUCUGUCCUCCGGCAGCCUGCCCCCCUCACCAGAGGAGCCUAAACAGAAGUCUGAGGAGAGCAGCAGGCCGGUCUCCACCAAGUCAAGUAAACACAGAAUAUACAUUACACAAGGACACAACACACUGGACACACACUGUACAGAUUGACACACACACACACACACACACACACACACACACACACACACACACACACACACACACACACACACACACACACACUAUAAGCAAACACACACUCAACAGUCUGCACUCAGGGCACAAGACAAAGGAGAGGAGGGCCGUCUUCACCAAGUCAGUACAAACACUUUAUACCAACAAGAUCUCAUGGUUUCCCUUUCUGUUAAAACAGAAUCAACUCAAAGAGUUAAAGUUUAGGUAUUAAUUAUAUUGUUUAAAAAGGACGCGCUAUUAUAAUAAUAUGAUAAUAUGCCAUUUAGCAGACGCUUUUAUCCAAAGCGACUUACAGUCAUGUGCGCAUACAUUUUUACGUAUGGGUGGUCCCGGGGAUCGAACCCACUACCUUGGCGUUACAAGCGCCGUGCUCUACCAGCUGAGCUACAGAGGACCACACUGUUACGAUCAAGUAUUCUGGCGACUUGCUGGAGCAUUGUGAACUGCGGUGGUAGCGCGGUGGUCUAAUCAUUCUAAGCAGUGCGCUCCGGCUCCUAGCAUCACGAGUUCGCUCCCAGUGCUGGGCAAUUGUUUUGAAUUUUUUGGUCUGAAUACUUUCCGAAUGCACCGUACAUGAUAAUGCCCUUGACUACCUAACCGGUCCUUUUCAGUCAUCUGGAAUACAGGAACGGAUACACAUUAAAAUGACAGAUAUAACAGAUUCCGCUUGGAUAUUUUUGUAUUGGUUUUCACGUUAGUAAUACAACAUAACAUUCAUUUCAUUACAUACAGUGCAUUCGAAAAGUAUUCAGACCCCUUUCCCUUUUUCCACAUUGUGUUACGUUACAGCCUUAUUCUAAUAUGGAUUAAAUUAAUGUUUUAUCCUCAUUAAUCUACAGACCAUACCCCAUAAUGACAAAGCGAAAACAGGUUUUUAGAAAUGUUAGCAAAUUUAUAACAAAUAAAAAACAGAAAUACCUUAUUUACAUAAGUAUUCAGACCCUUUGAUACGAGACUCGAAAUUUAGCUUGGGUACAUCAUGUUUCCAUUGAUCAUCCUUGAGAUGUUUCUACAACUUGAUUUGGAGUCCACCUGUGGUAAAUUCAAUUGAUUGGACAUGAUUUGGAAAGGCACACACCUGUCUAUAUAAGGUCCCACAGUUGAAAGUGCAUGUCAGAGCAAAAACCAAGCCUUGAGGUCAAAUUAAUUGUCCGUAGAGCUCCGAGACAGGAUUGUGUCGAGGCACAGAUCUGGGGAAGGGUAUCACGUUUUUUUUGCAGCAUUGAAGGUCCCCAAGAACACAGUGGCCUCCAUCAUUCUUAAAUGGAAGAGGUUUGGAACCACCAAGACUCUUCCUAGAGCUGGCCGCCCGGCCAAACUGAACAAUCGGGGGAGAAUGGCCUUGGUCAGGGAGGUGACCAAGAACCCGAUGGUCACACUGACAGAGCUCCAGAGUUCCUCUGUGGAGAUGGGAGAACCUUCCAGAAGGACAAGUAUCUCUGCAGCAAUCCACCAAUCAGGCCUUUAUGGUAGAGCGGCCAGACGGAAGCCACUCCUCAGUAAAAGGCACAUGACAGACCGCUUGGAGUUUGCCAAAAGGCACCUAAAGGACUUUCAGACCAUGAGAAACAAGAUUCUCUGGUCUGAUGAAACCAAGAUUGAACUCUUUGGCCUGAAUGCCAAGCGUCUACGUCUGGAGGAAACCUGGCACCCAUCCCUACGGUGAAGCAUGGUGGUAGCAGCAUCAUGCUGUGGGGAUGUUUUUCAGCGGCAGGGACUGGGAGACUAGUCAGGAUCGAGGGAAAGAUGAACGGAGCAAAGUACAGAGAGAUCCUUGAUGAAAACCUACUCCAGAGCUCUCAGGACCUCAGACUGGGGCGAAGGUUCACCUUCCAACAGAACAACGACCCUAAGCACACAGCCAAGACAAUGCAGGAGUGGCUUCGGGACAAGUCUCUGAAUGUCCUUGAGUGGCCCAGCCAGAGCCCGGACUUGAACCCGAUCGAACAUCUCUGGAGAGACCUGAAAAUAGCUGUGCAGCGACACUCCCCAUCCAACCUGACAGAGCUUGAGAGGAUCAGCCGAGAAGAAUGGGAGAAACUCCCCAAAUACAGGUGUGCCAAGCUUGUAGCGUCAUACCCAAGAAGACUCAAGGUUGUAAUUGCUGCCAAAGGUGCUUCAACAAAGUACUGAGUAAAGGGUCUGAAUACUUAUGUAAAUGUUAUAUUUCAGUUUUUUAUUUUUAAUACAUUUGCAGGUGGACUCCAAUCAAGUUGUGGAAACAUCUCAAGGAUGAUCAAUCGAAACAGAAUGCACCUGAGCUCAAUUUCGAGUCUCAUAGCAAAGUGUCUGAAUACUUUCCGAAUGCACUGUAUAACGUAUUCUAAGACCUAAGGACUACCUUACAUGUCUCUUUGGUUGGGCAACCAGUAAUGAAAUCACGUGACUUUUCUGUCCACUUCCAUGACAGCGGCUCUAGGUUCUCCAUCAGACAGUGACGUCAUCGACCUGAAGGUAAUGAUGCAGCUGGGGGCGUUCAACGUCCUAGUGUGUGAUCGGAGCUGCAACAUGGCCGACAUUAAGAUACAAGGUACGGAUACAGAAAGAACCUCGGGCCCAUGCAGUGUUCUCUUUAUACAACUACACUUUCAUUUGAGAAUCAUUUUACAUUUUACGUCAUUUAGCAGACGCUCUUAUCCAGAGCGACUUACAAAUUGGUGCAUUCACCUUAUGAUAGCCAGUGGGAUAACCACUUUACAUUUGUAUACAUUUUUUUAAUUUAUUUGUUAUUUGUAUUAUAUAUAUAUUUUUUAAUCAUUUUUUUUAUAUAUUUUUUUUUUCGAGUAUAUUUUUAAUUUUCAUGUGUUUUAUAUAUAUAUUGUUUUGUAUUUGUAUGUUUUUUAAAAUCUUUUAUUUUGCUUUAUCAUCUAUGGCUUUUGCAAGGGAUUUCAGCUAAGGUUUGAAUAUGAUGAAAUACUUUAUCUGUUUGUUGUAAUUUAAGUGUCUUGUGCUUGUAUGGUUUGCUCUUUCUGAAAUGAUGUCAGCAUCAGAUAAACAUUGUAUCUUGUUGUACAGGUUUCAAUGGAUGCCUCCUGAUGCAAGGGCCCCAAACCCACAUCUCUACCCGCCUUCGGGAUUUCAUCGUUAUUAAUGUUGAUCCAAAAAGUAUUCACAAAAAGGUAAGUCAAGGAAGCAAAACCAUAAAAGAGUGAGAUUUGGGCGGUACACUGUAUCGUGGAACCGUGAAAUAUUGCAGUUCAGUUUACCUGCUAACGUGUGGUUCUCGCUUGCAGGCCAUCUCUAUCGUAGGAGAUGAGGUGUUUAGUUUCACUAUGAGUCUGACCCCCAAAGCCACAGAGGGAGACGGCUACACAGACACCUCCAAAACAGAUGGGAAGGUCAAGCUCAACGUGGGCUGCAUCCAAGUCAUCUACCUCCACAAGUUUGUCAUGUCUUUGCUGGUGAGUCUCAGCGUUGGUGCUGGAGAAAUCUCUUGACAAUCGUCUGAGUAUUUAAAACUGAUCUUUGUAUUUAAGUGUGCAGAGACUCUUUUUUCUUCAGUUAGGUCUAGGAUUGAAAAAUUCCAGAAUCUCUUCUAAAGUUCCUGGGUUCUUCAGAAAUCUUGGUUGGAUGAUUCCCAGUUAAGGGAUACUUUACUGAUUCCAGGAAUCAUCCAACUGGGAUUUCUGAAAAAAAAUAGAAGUUUCCGGAGUUUUUGCAAUCCUAGCUAGGUCUCCGCUGUUGAUGCCGCUCCAUUGCUUUCUGACCUGUAAAGAACUUCACUCAUCCGUGUUUUCCGUAUCUUAUAGCAUUUCAGCAACAACUUCCAGACAGCCAAAGAGGCGCUUAGUGCGGCCACGGCCCAGGCAGCAGAGAAGGCAGCCUCCAGCAUCAGGGACUUUGCCCAGAAGAGCUUCCGUCUCUCCAUGGACAUCAAGCUGAAGGCCCCACUCAUCAUCAUCCCUCAGUCCUCCACCUCCCACAAUGCACUGGAGGUGGACCUGGGGCUCAUCACCGUGGGCAACAGUUUCUCUCUACUUGCUGUGGAGGGAUGUCCCCUUCCUGCUGUCAUUGACCACAUGGACGUACAGCUCACACAGCUCAAACUGUCCAGGUCAGUGCAUUCUGUUAACGCAGUCAUCUUCUGCUUCAUCAGUGCAGAAAGCACUGGUCUAAGGCACUGCAUCGCAGUGCUAGCUGUGCCACUAGAGAUCCUGGUUCGAAUCCAGGCUCUGUCGUAGCCGGCCGCAACCGGGAGACCCAUGGGGCGGCGCACAAUUGGCCCAGCGUCGUCCAGGGUAGGGGAGGGAAUGGCCGGCAGGGAUGUAGCUCAGUUGGUAGAGCAUGGCGUUUGCAACGCCAGGGUUGUGGGUUCGAUUCCCACGGGGGGCCAGUAUGAAAAAUAAAACAAAUAAUGUAUGCACUCACUAACUGUAAGUCGCUCUGGAUAAGAGUGUCUGCUAAAUGACUAAAAUUUAAAAUGUAAUGCCUGGUCCCAGAUCAGAAAGCAAAGGUUUGAUGCCUGUUCCCAGAUCAGAAAGCAAAGGUUUGAUGCCUGGUCCCAGAUCAGAAAGCAAGGGUUUGAUGCCUGGUCCCAGAUCAGAAAGCAAGGGUUUGAUGCCUGGUCCCAGAUCAGAAAGCAAGGGUUUGAUGCCUGGUCCCAGAUCAGAAAGCAAGGGUUUAAUGCCUGGUCCCAGAUCAGAAAGCAAGGGUUUGAUGCCUGGUCCCAGAUCAGAAAGCAAGGGUUUGAUGCUCUACCGUCGUUAGUUAGUUGUUAGACUUGUAAGAGUUGGUUCUCCAAUAACCCUCUGACUACCGUUAGUUCUCUGAUAAUCUCGACCCGGCACAGCCAGAAGAGGACUGGCCACCCCUCAGAGCCUGGUUCCUCUCUACCCAGUACAGCCAGAAGAGGACUGGCCACUCCUCAGAGCCUGGUUCCUCUCGACCCAGUACAGCCAGAAGAGGACUGGCCACCCCUCAGAGCCUGGUUCCUCUCUACCCAGUACAGCCAGAAGAGGACUGGCCACCCCUCAGAGCCUGGUUCCUCUCUACCCAGUACAGCCAGAAGAGGACUGGCCACCCCUCAGAGCCUGGUUCCUCUCUACCCAGUACAGCCAGAAGAGGACUGGCCACCCCUCAGAGCCUGGUUCCUCUCUACCCAGCACAGCCAGAAGAGGACUGGUCACCCCUCAUAGCCUGGUUCCUCUCUACCCAGUACAACCAGAAGAGGACUGGCCACCCCUCAGAGCCUGGUUCCUCUCUACCCAGUACAGCCAGAAGAGGACUGGCCACCCCUCAGAGCCUGCUUCCUCUCUAGGUUCCUGCCUUUCUAGGGAGUUUUUCUUAGCCACCGUGCCUCUACAUCUGCAUUGCUUGCUUUCUGUGGUUUCUGUAUACGCACUCUGUGACAACUGCUGAUGUAAAAAAGGCUUCAUAAAUACAUUUGAUUGAUUGAUUUGAGUUGUAACAGUUGCUUCUCAAAGAAACCUAUUUGACUAGCGUUAGUUAGCGUUGUAAGAGUUACUUCUCAAAGAAACUGGCUGGUUCAAUAGUGGUCUUACUGUAUAGGCUUGGGCACUAUACUGUUCAUACCGUAGACUGGGGUAUUUUGAAAUACACGCGGUAUGAUUUUCAAUUCCGUAAAGAAAUUAUGCGUGGCGCCAUGAAGCCCGGGGAGUGCAUGCUACGCCACCGCUUAUAACUAUACGUUAACUAUCUAAGAUGUGUCAAAUAAAUGAUCUCCAGCUCAGGGCUCCAGCUAUGCGUUUGGUUCUCUAACUUGCUAGCUAAGUGGCUAGCUUGCAAGAUCAAGCUUCUUGGUUACAGCAGAGACAAUCAAUCCCCUCCUGGAUCAAUUUGCUGCCUAAAUUUGUUUUGUGAGUAAAAAAAAAAGAAAAAAAAAGAAAAAGUAAUACCGUACCCCUGGUGUGUACUGCCGGUAAUACCGUAUCCCUGGUGUGUACUGCCGGUAAUACCGUAUCCCUGGUGUGCACUGCCGGUAAUACCGUACCCCUGGUGUGCACUGCCGGUAAUACCGUAUCCCUGGUGUGCACUGCCGGUAAUACCGUACCCCUGGUGUGCACUGCCGGUAAUACCGUACCCUGGUGUGACUGCCGGUAAACCGUACCCUGGUGUGCACUGCCGGUAAUACCGUACCCCUGGUGUGCACUGCCGGUAAUACCGUACCCCUGGUGUGCACUGCCGGUAAUACCGUACCCCUGGUGUGCACUGCCGGUAAUACCGUACCCCUGGUGUGCACUGCCGGUAAUACCGUAUCCCUGGUGUGCACUGCCGGUAAUACCGUACCCCUGGUGUGCACUGCCGGUAAUACCGUAUCCCUGGUGUGCACUGCCGGUAAUACCGUAUCCCCGGUGUGCACUGCCGGUAAUACCGUAUCCCUGGUGUGCACUGCCGGUAAUACCGUACCCCUGGUGUGCACUGCCGGUAAUACCGUACCCCUGGUGUGGCACUGCCGGUAAUACGUACCCCUGUGUGCACUGGCCGGUAAAUCCGUUCCUGGUUGCAACUGCCGGAUACCGUUCCCUGGUGUGCACUGCCGUAUACCGUACCCCUGGUGUGCACUGCCGGUAAUUACCGUAUCCCUGGUGUGUACUGCCGGUAAUACCGUACCCCUGGUGUGCACUGCCGGUAAUACCGUACCCCUGGUGUGUACUGCCGGUAAUACCGUACCCCUGGUGUGGUACAGGAACGGUAUGAAGGUAUGAAAGUCUGGAUACCAGCCUAAUACUGUAUACUGUGGUCUAGUUAUCCCUGUCUAUAAUUCGCUGUUCUUUCUCUCAUUAGGAUUUCCAUGGAAACAGACUCUCAGCCCAGUACCGAGCUGCUGGAGCCGGUCAACCUGGUCCUAAAAGUGAAGAGGAACCUGGCUGCAGCAUGGUACCACAAGAUGGCUGCCGUAGAGGUUGAUGGAGACCUCAAGCCCAUGAAGGUAGGAGCCAACAGGAACUGCAAUCACGUCUUCCCCUCGAAAAGGGAGUGGUUAGAAAAAAGAUCUGUUUUGAUACCAAGAUCUUUGUGUUGUAGCAGAGAAGCUGAUUGUAGCUAGCUUUACUCGUGCAGUAAUGUCACCCUCCCUGAUACCUUGAAGGAACUAUUUCCUUCAAAUCAUAAUAGCUGAGCUUUCAUGAUUUAGUCAUUCUGAUUGGUUGACCUCUGAUGGGAGAAUGGUAUUGGUGAGUUGUGGCUAGUUAAACUCGUGCGACGUCGUCACCUUCCUUUAGACUUGAAGUAACUUUGUUCCUUGAACCCAUAACAGCUGAGCUUUGAUGAUUUUAGUCACACUAACUAACAUUUGGCUUCUGCUUGCAGCCAGGUAUGGAAUGCAAGGUACAUGCUACAGUACUCUAGGGCUGGACAGUAAGAUAAUCAAAGCCUAGCGGUUAAGAGCGUUGGGCCAGUAACCGAAAGGUCGCUGGUUCGAAUCCCCGAGCCGACUAGGUGAAAAAUCUGUAGAUGUGCCCGUGAGCGAGGCACUUAACCCUAAUUGCUCCUGUAAGUCGCUCUGGAUAAGAGCGUCUGCUAAAUGACUAAAAUGAAUAUGAAUCGAUUCUUUUAAUCAAGAUAAUCAAGGCAAGGCACUGUGGUUUCUGUGACUGUCAUUCCAAAACCAUUAUACCAAAAUAUUAAAAUCUCUUGGUAAUGUCACUAGGUGUUGUGCUAAGGUUGUUUCUGAUUUUUACAAGGGGUUCCAAAUUGUUUAUAUUUUUAUUUAAUUUGCUCGCUCGCCUCACUUUAAAAAAAAAUGAAAUAUGUUAAACAGUAAAUCAACUUUGUAUGUCCUUAUGCCGCGUUCACGUCAUGUCGGGAACUCGUAAAUGUGACCUUCCUACUGGGAAAAAUUCACGUGAACGCCCCUCCAACUCGUAAUUAUGACUAUAAAUCUCGGGUAUGAUCUCUGGACCCCGAUAUUUCCCACAUGCUGAACUCUGCCGUCACGCACCACUGAAAAUGGCAACAAACAUUGCCGCGAUUUCGUCUGUAAAUUGUAAGAAUGGUUCUUGCGUUCCUUCUGAUCUCCGAGCAAGUGAACGCUCCAAGUUGUUCCUCCGAAGUAACAAGUCGUUCCUCCGAUCACUCCGACAUGAUGUGAACGCGGCAUUAGCUACAGCAUUAUUGGCUUUAGCAACAGCAACAUUAGCAUUCGCUACGGCUCCAUCCUCUCUGUGCUUGUGUCUCUUCAGGUUACCUAGUAUUAGUGACAUUAGCAUUAGCGACCAUUAGCAUUAGCUACAGCUACAUCCUCUCUGUGCUUGUCUCUUCAGGUUAACUAGUAUUAGUGACAUUAGCAUUAGCGACCAUUAUCAUUAGCUACAGCUACAUCCUCUCUGUGCUUGUCUCUUCAGGUUAACUAGUAUUAGUGACAUUAGCAUUAGCGACCAUUAGCAUUAGCUACAGCUACAUCCUCUCUGUUCUUGUCUCUUCAGGUUAACUAGUAUUAGUGACAUUAGCAUUAGCGACCAUUAGCAUUAGCUACAGCUACAUCCUCUCUGUUCUCCCCAGGUUGCCCUGAGUCAGGAUGACCUAACGGUCCUGUUGAGGAUCCUGAUGGAGAACUUCGGAGAAGCCAGCAGUCUGCAGCCAGACCAACACACCAGCCCGGACACAGCAGCCCUGAAACACAGGACUGCACUGAUGCUCAAAACAGACUACCCCAAAGGUCAGAGGUCAUAAGCGAUGUGUGUGUGUGUCGGUAGGGUAUCGCCUGGAGUCCCUGACUCUUACGACAUGUUUCUCUUAUCUCCUCAUCCUUCAGAUGCGAACAUGGUCGAACUUCCAGAGCAAGAGGUAGAAGAGGAGCCCCUGGAAACCAUGAAGUUCGUCUUCAACAUAGAGUCCCUGGGACUGGUUCUGUACAGCAAUGACCCUAAACAGGUACGUACCUAGAGGUGAUGUAGCCCAGUCUCACGUCUAAUGUACCAUGUGGAGGAACAGGGAAAUUGGGCCUUGGACAGAGGGACAGUAAAGACCAGUCAUUUACUCUGAUGUCCACUCUGCUCUCUAAGCCCUGGAGAAUUAGACCCGAGUGGCGCAGUGGUCUAAGGCACUGCAUCGCAGUGCUAGCUGUGCCACUAGAGAUCCUGGUUCGAAUCCAGGCUCUGUCGUAGCCGGCCCGUGACCGGGAGACCCAUGGGGGCGGCGCACAAUUGGCCCAGCGUCGUCUAGGGUAGGGGAGGGAAUGGCCGGCAGGGAUGUAGCUCAGUUGGUAGAGCAUGGCGUUUGCAACGCCAGGGUUGUGGGUUUCGAUUCCCACCGGGGUAUGAAAAAUAGUAUGAAAAAUAAAAAAAAUCAUGUAUGCACUCACUUAACUGUAAGUCGCUCUGGAUAAGAGCGUCUGCUAAAUGACUUAAAUGUAAAUGUAGAUAAAGCCAUGAUUAGGGUGACGAGUUUGAACAUCUACCAACACCAGUCAUUACUGUCCAAAAUGACUCUGUGGUAAUGACCUUGUAAUGACUCUCUGUAGUUCCCCCAGUGGUCUGCUGACGUUUCAAAGAGACUACAAGGUUGGUUUUAUUGACAGAUGUCAUGUCUUUUGUUUCCCCAUUUCCAAGGCAUCAGCAGUGUCUCAACACCAGGAGGGGCUGUGUCUGGGGGAGUUUACCUUGCACCUGAUAAAGGCUUCAGGGAAAAUGUUUAAUAACGGGGCCAUGGAGGCCUCUAGCAUCCUCACAGCCUGCACCCUGGACGACAUGAGGACAGGCAUACAGAGAGUCACCUCACGGUUAGUCUCACGCUGCCUGCCAGACAUCACACGGCUGGGGUGGAGGCUACCAAAAGGUUAAACUUCUGGAAUGUACCACUGGGUUGUGUUCUACGCAGUACGGAGGUUAUACAUACAGUACAGUCGGGUCGGUCUCAAUGUAUCGAUUGUUGGAUUGAUUGACAUGUAACCUCAUGUUUUUGCCCAAAACCCUCAGGAUGCUGGGUAAGCGUGGCGAGGAGAGUGAGGAAGCCAUGAUAGACGUGACGUACGCUCAGAGUGCCAGUGAGCGCCAGGUGGUGGCGGUGUUCCAGAAGCUUUAUCUGUGUGCCAGCGUGGAGUUCCUGAUGGCGGUGGCAGACUUCUUCAUCCAGGCCCUGCCCCAGAGCUCUGCCCAGGCCGUGCCCACUAACACCAUGCCGGACCUGGCCAAGACCUCCCAGCUACCCCUCAAACAGCUGGCUGAGCUUCGGGAUAGAACCAACACUGACCCCAGAACAGGUAAGGGGAGAGGGGGUCGGGGAAAUUAGAAACAGAAAACUAUACAGCCAUUCAACUAUGUUCGUAGGAAUUCCUUUUGGUGUGGAGUGAUGGUAAUGUAUUGUGAUGGCUCCGGUGUUGUCUUUUGGUGUGGAGUGAUGGUAAUGUAUUGUGAUGGCUACGGUGUUGUCUUUUGGUGUGGAGUGAUGGUAAUGUAUUGUGAUGGCUAAGGUGUUGUCUUUUGGUGUGGAGUGAUGGUAAUGUAUUGUGAUGGCUACGGUGUUGUCUUUUGGUGUGGAGUGAUGGUAAUGUAUUGUGAUGGCUACGGUGUUGUCUUUUGGUGUGGAGUGAUGGUAAUGUAUUGUGAUGGCUAAGGUGUUUUCUUUUGGUGUGGAGUGAUGGUAAUGUAUUGUGAUGGCUACGGUGUUGUCUUUUGGUGUGGAGUGAUGGUAAUGUAUUGUGAUGGCUACGGUGUUUGUCUUUUGGUGUGGAGUGAUGGUAAUGUAUUGUGAUGGCUAAGGUGUUGUCUUUUGGUGUGGAGUGAUGGUAAUGUAUUGUGAUGGCUACGGUGUUGUCUUUUGGUGUGGAGUGAUGGUAAUGUAUUGUGAUGGCUACGGUGUUGUCUUUUGGUGUGGAGUGAUGGUAAUGUAUUGUGAUGGCUAAGGUGUUUUCUUUUGGUGUGGAGUGAUGGUAAUGUAUUGUGAUGGCUACGGUGUUGUCUUUUGGUGUGGAGUGAUGGUAAUGUAUUGUGAUGGCUACGGUGUUGUCUUUUGGUGUGGAGUGAUGGUAAUGUAUUGUGAUGGCUACAGUGUUGUCUUUUGGUGUGGAGUGAUGGUAAUGUAUUGUACGGUGUUUUCUUUACCUUCCUAUAUUCUUCCUUCAGUUUCAUACCUGACAGAAUAGUUGUAUCCUCUCCGUCUCUCUCUGGCCUCCAUACCAAAUAUUAGUCUAUGUGCGGUGGUGGGGUAAUGGCUGUUUUCUUGACUUCCCUUGUGUUUCUUCGCCCUCCACCUCUCCCCCCCCCCCAGGCUCCAGUCCCAGGACCAAGCUGCGUGUGGUCAUAGUAGAUCCAGAGGUGGUGUUUGUGGCUAACCUGAUGAGAGCCGACGCUCCGGCCCUGGUGGCCUCAUUCCAGUGUGACUUCAGUCUGAUGCUAGAGCCCGGGGGAGGGCCCGGGGCCCCUGGGGGACAAAGCAUGACGGCCAACCUCAGAGAGCUCAAAGUUCUGGCCUGCCCCUUCAUCAGGACCGAGGAGAACCAGGCUGUCACCACGGUGAGCAUAAAAUAGCUUUUAAUAUCUCUAUUUUUUUUAGACCCUCUACACAGCAUCUAAUGUCACUACCGUAAGACAUUUACAUUUCUAGUCAUUUAGCAGACGCUCUUAUCCAGAGUGACUUACAGUUAGUGAGUGCAUACAUUUUCAUACUGGCCCCCAGUGUGGUCCUCUGUAGCUCAAUUGGUAGAGCAUGGCGCUUGUAACGCCAGGGUAGUGGGUUCGAUCCCCGGGACCACCCAUACGUAAAAAUGUAUGCACGCAUGACUGUAAGUCGCUUUGGAUAAAAGCGUCUGCUAAAUGGCAUAUUAUUAUUAUAUUAUAAACGAACCCACAACCCUGGCGUUGCAAGCGCCACGCUCUACCAACUGAGCUACAGGAGGGCCCCAUCAGCUGGGAUGAAGCAUGAUUCAAAGCUAUUUGCAAUUUUGUGUUAAUACAUUUUCCGUGAAAGGAUAUUGAAUUGAAUCAACUCCCUAAUGCUUCUUUCUCAUUGGUCUUCAGGUGCUACGGCCGUGUUCUGUCGUCCUGGAAACCAAAACCCACCCCAACCAACCCCUUACCGGCUGUGUGACUGUGGAAGAAGUCAUUGUCAAAGUAGGUUUCAUCCCAAUUUCUCUCUCUCUCUCUCUCUCUCUACUGCAGAGGUCUAGUUCGGAUCUGUCAGUUAAAAUUACACAUACCCGUGACAAUCAUAUCAGAUUAGACCUGUGACAUUAUUUUAGAAUUCUGGAUCCGGACCCGCUCGGGUUCCGGAUCGGGUCUUGGGUAUUCGGGUACAGGUGGAUCCAUGAAGACCUUUUAGCUCUGAGUGCUCGGAGAGAGAAAAGGUUUGAAUUAUUGAACCGCCUGACGCACUGAGAAGCUACUUAUCAACAUAGCCAUCGAUCGAGAUCGUCAUUGCAAUUGAGAUUUUCAAUUGAUUAUCAUUGAGAUCAUCCAUUAUCAUCACAAAUAAGAAUCCGCUGACUGACCCUGUAUUAAUAAAGGAUAAAUAAAGUAACAAAUGAAUUCCUCCCACGUCCUUCCUUCCCUCUGUCAGAUCUCCCCUGUCAUACUGAACACAGUGAAGACCAUCACAGCAGCCAUGACAGCUAAACCUAUAGACGAGGCAGGAGAGGAGGAGAAGAUUGAGGUCAGCAGCCUGUGGUCCACCAUGAACAUCUACGCCUGCAACUACUGGUUCCUGGGAGUGGACACGGCCAGCGAGGUACAGAAACCACGGUUGGGGUCAAUUUCUUUUCAAUUCCAGUCAAUUCAGGAAGUACACUGAAUUCUAAUUCUCUUCAAUGAAUUUUUCAGUGAGAAUUUGGUUUACUUUCUGAAUUGACUGGAAUUGAAAUUGAAUACCUCAAGAUCUUUAAUAUUUUCCAAGUACCAGUGGAAUUGCAAUGUUUGUAUUCUGUCCCUAUACAAGAACCUUCUGUCCCUGUACAAUAACCUUCUGUCCCUAUACAAGAACCUUCAGUCCCUAUUCUAGAACCUUCAGUCCCUAUACAAUAACCUUCUGUCCCUAUACAAGAACCUUCAGUCCCUAUUCUAGAACCUUCAGUCCCUAUACAAUAACCUUCUGUCCCUAUACAAGAACCUUCAGUCCCUAUUCUAGAACCUUCAGUCCCUAUACAAUAACCUUCUGUCCCUAUUCUAGAACCUUCAGUCCCUAUACAAUAACCUUCUGUCCCUAUACUAGAACCUUCAGUCCCUAUACUAGAACUUUCAGUCCCUAUUCUAGAACCUUCAGUCCCUAUACAAUAACCUUCUGUCCCUAUACUAGAACCUUCUGUCCCUAUACUAGAACCUUCUGUCCCUAUACUAGAACCUUCUGUCCCUAUACUAGAACCUUCAGUCCCUAUACUAGAACCUUCUGUCCCUAUACAAGAACCUUCUGUCCCUAUACUAGAACCUUCUGUCCCUAUUCUAGAACCUUCUGUCCCCUGCCAGGAACAUUUGGGCGCUCAGUUUACCUCCACUAUAGUUUGUUUUUGUAUUCUCUGCCUACAAAUGGCGUUAAACCUUGACGUGAAUUUCCCUCUAGGUGACGGAGAGUUUCAGUGACCAGGACGGCCGUAACGUUGGUGAGAGUUUCAAGGUGGAUGUGAAGGUAAUUCAGGUGACCAUGGAGUCUGGCCUGGGCCACAGGACGGUCCCCCUGCUGCUGGCUGAGAGCUCCCUGUCUGGGACGGCCAACAACUGGUCCUCCCUCCUCUACCUCUGCGCUGACAUGACCCUGGAGGUGAGGACCGGAGCUUUUCAGUACUCUCAAGUAUUAGCCUGAUGCACAUCCUGAUUUCUGUACAUACAGGAGCAUUUCAUGUGCCAUGACGUGACCUUCUCAUGUGUAUUUUAGGAAGUCGUUGGGCAGGCAAACAUAGCUUUUCUUUAGUCUUGUGCAUUACGUACUUAUGUGGGGAUACUUGUUACGUUUGGCAUUCGUGGGUGCAUUUCAAACCUUUCGACUGCCCACGUUCUUUUGAAUUUCAUAAUCAAUUCAAUUUGUGCACUUAAAUUGAUAUAAAUGGGAUCGAUCCUGAUUUUGACACUGUGUGAAUAUGUUGACUGUUGACAGGUGAACUACUUCAAUGAGACCCAUGCUGUCUGGGAACCGCUGAUAGAGAGGGUGGAGGACGGCAAACGCAGGUGGAACCUCAAGCUAGAGGUACGCUGAAUAACCCUAACCAACCUCAUAGUGGAACCUCAAGCUAGAGGUACGCUGAAUAACCCUAACCAACCUCAUAGUGGAACCUCAAGCUAGAGGUACGCUGAAUAACCCUAACCAACCUCAUAGUGGAACCUCAAGCUAGAGGUACGCUGAAUAACCCUGACCAACCUCAUAGUGGAACCUCAAGCUAGAGGUACGCUGAAUAGCCCUAACCAACCUCAUAGUGGAACCUCAAGCUAGAGGUACGCUGAAUAACCCUGACCAACCUCAUAGUGAAACCUCAAGCUAGAGGUACGCUGAAUAACCCUGACCAACCUCAUAGUGGAACCUCAAGCUAGAGGUACGCUGAAUAACCCUGACCAACCUCAUAGUGGAACCUCAAGCUAGAGGUACGCUGAAUAACCCUGACCAACCUCAUAGUGGAACCUCAAGCUAGAGGUACGCUGAAUAACCCUAACCAACCUCAUAGUGGAACCUCAAGCUAGAGGUACGCUGAAUAACCCUAACCAACCUCAUAGUGGAACCUCAAGCUAGGGUACGCUGAAUAACCCUAACCAACCUCAUAGUGAAACCUCAAGCUAGAGGUACGCUGAGUAACCCUGACCAACCUCAUAGUGGAACCUCAAGCUAGAGGUACGCUGAAUAACCCUGACCAACCUCAUAGUGGAACCUCAAGCUAGAGGUACGCUGAAUACCUGACCACCUCAUAGUGGAACCUCAAGCUAGAGGUACGCUGAAUAACCCUAACCAACCUUAGUGAAACUCAAGCUAGAGGCUACGCUGAGUAACCUACCACCUCAUAGGGAACCUCAAGCUAGAGGUCGCUGAAUAACCCUGACCAACCUCAUAGUGGAACCUAGCUAGAGGUACGUGAAUAACCUACCAACCUCAAGUGGAACCUCAAGCUAGAGGUACGUGAAUAACCUAACCAACCUCAUAGUGGAACUCAAGCUAGAGGACGCUGAUAACCUGACCACCUCAUAGUGGAACCUCAGCUAGAGGUACGCUGAAUAACCCUGACCAUCAACAUCAUAGUGGAACCUCAAGCUAGAGGUACGCUGAAUAACCCUGACCAACCUCAUAGUGGAACCUCAAGCUAGAGGUACGCUGAAUAACCCUAACCAACCUCAUAGUAACCUCAAGCAAUACACAUACACUAACAACCAGAAACACAACUACGUGUACUACAAACCUCCAACCAUCAAGGAACGCGCAGAUAACCUAUAACACUACACACAUCAACCAGCAUUCACACAUGUGCACCAACACAUGACGAAGCAAACACACACAGUGCAGGGAUCAAGCACACUUCACGACGGGAUCACCAGUGGUCUCCCCUGAGCACGAACACACCCCAACAACCAUCCCAUCGUUCCCAGACCACCACAUCACACUUACACAUCACUCCAAGUGCUGCCUCACUGUAUUCAACAACCUAGCCAGGUAGACAACCACACACACAACACACACCACACACACACACACACACACACCACCACACACACAACAACACACACACACACACACUGCAGUACAUAAUACGGAACACGUGCCAGAACCAAACGUAAACCCAACCACCAUGAAAAAUCUGCCGAUGCCCACUAGCAAGGCACUACACCCAAUGAUCACUGACAACGCACGAAACAAGCGUCAACUGCACAAAACAUGCACAAACACAAAAAAAAAAAACAAUAACAACACACACACACACAACAACACCACACACAACACACACACACACCACACACACAACACACACACACACACACAACACACCAGCACACACACACCACACACACACACACACCACACAACACCACAAAACCCACAAAAACACACCACCCCACACCCACACCCACACACCAAACAUACACGACAAAUACACACACCAAAAACACAAACACCCACACACAAUGCACACACAAAAACUCACACAUGGCCACACACCCACUCAACACACACAACAACAAAAGCACAACACACACACACCCCCCACACCCCCCACACACACACACAACAACACACACACUGCAUGUACAUAGAAUACAGGAACACGGCUGAGGAAAAGUAAACAUCAGACACAUUAUUUCUGUCAGUUUGGACAGAUUGGAUUUGAUCAGGUUAACAGUAGCCCAUUCAUUAUUCCUAUGAAAGUUUGACCCAUUUCUCCACCUCUAAUUAAGGUUAUUCCUAGACUAAACAUCGAUAUCAUUGGGCAUGUUAUUAGUCCAGGACUGGAUUCAUCUAGAUCCCACAAACCAACCUAUUGUUUAGAAGUUUGUUUACAAAAAUGAAAAAAAUGGAGAAAAUUGCAGCACGUUUAUUCACAGCACACUACCGUUCCGUUCUUGUCAUUUCUGCUCAGGCAUUCUCUGAGGGCACAGCCUCUACCUUUGACCACAGUCUGAAGGAGAAGGCCCCCUUCACCAUCCGUAACGCGCUGGGCGUCCCCCUCACCGUGCAGCACAGUGCCAACCUGCGGGUGGUGGCCUCGCCUGGGCAGGGCAAGCUCCACGAGGUCGGGGUAGGGCAGAGCGUGGACCUGGAGCACUCCGUGUUCGGGACCUCGACACGGGGCAAACUGUCUGCCUUGCAGCGCCAGGAGAGCUGCCUCUUCAACCUCAGCAUCGGUCAGUAGACUACUGUAUAUAGGGGGGGGGUGCUGGACAUGUUGCUUGAUGUGGUCACUCCUGGUUAGGCUUCUUUUACAUUCCAAGAGAGUUUGUCUCUGUUUGUAGUCUCUGGGUAGGGAUACUUCCUUUUCCAGUGGUUUUGAAUGGGAUUUGAACUGAAUAGCUUGGCAUGGGGAUUUUUAAAAAUGCCAUUCCACUGCCAUAGAUAAUGGAUACAGGCAGCAGCUGAAGAUGUCCACUGGUCUGUCUCCACCACAGUUCCUACAGGUUACAGUGGGAUCUCCAACAUGGCGGUGGACAAGCCUGGCCGGAGGCUGUAUAACGUGAGAGAUCCCAUGCUGCAGGAGGACGUGUCGGUGUUGCUGCAGGUAGACGCCUCAGAAGGAAACAAGGUCAUCACCGUCCGCUCUCCACUGCAGGUCAGCAAAUCACUCACUCUCUAUGGAACUCUCCUCCAUCACUCACUCUCUAUGAAACUGUCCUCCAUCACUCACUCUCUCUGGAGCUGUCCUCCAUCACUCACUCUCUAUGGAACUCUCCUCCAUCACUCACUCUCUAUGGAACUGUCCUCCAUCACUCACUCUCUCUGGAGCUCUCCUCCAUCACUCACUCUCUAUGGAGCUGUCCUCCAUCACUCACUCUCUAUGGAGCUCUCCUCCAUCACUCACUCUCUAUGGAGCUGUCCUCCACCACUCACUCUCUAUGGAGCUGUCCUCCAUCACUCACUCUCUAUGGAACUCUCCUCCAUCACUCACUCUCUAUGGAACUCUCCUCCAUCACUCACUCUCUAUGGAACUCUCCUCCAUCACUCACUCUCUAUGGAACUCUCCUCCAUCACUCACUCUCUAUGGAACGGUCCUCCUGUAGGUUAUAGAUGCUCAACAGCUUCCAGUAGAGAGGAACACGUCUGUGGACUUGCAACAUGAAAGCAGCUGCUAUUAAAACACAUUUGAUAUAUUCAGCACUUUUCAAUUACAGUAAAAUCUUUUUUUCCAUCGAGUUAAAAAAGGAUUAUGUCAUCCUUAACUCACAGUUUUUCAAUGUUGUUUUGUGUUCCAGAUCCAGAACCAUUUCUCAGUGCCGUUUGCCAUCCUGAAGUAUUGCCCCACAUCCAGAGGUCUGGUUAACAUAGGAUUGGCAGAGCCUGAGAAAGAGUCUCAUGUAGCCCUGGAUUCAUACAGGUAAUAACCAUGUUGGUAGCCCUGGACUCAUACAGGUAAUAACCAUGUUGGUAGCCCUGGACUCAUACAGGUAAUAACCAUGUUGGUAGCCCUGGACUCAUACAGGUAAUAACCAUGUUGGUAGCCCUGGACUCAUACAGGUAAUAACCAUGUUGGUAGCCCUGGACUCAUACAGGUAAUAACCAUGUUGGUAGCCCUGGACUCAUACAGGUAAUAACCAUGUUGGUAGCCCUGGACUCAUACAGGUAAUAACCAUGUUGGUAGCCCUGGACUCAUACAGGUAAUAACCAUGUUGGUAGCCCUGGACUCAUACAGGUAAUAACCAUGUUGGUAGCCCUGGACUCAUACAGGUAAUAACCAUGUUGGUAGCCCUGGACUCAUACAGGUAAUAACCAUGUUGGUAGCCCUGGACUCAUACAGGUAAUAACCAUGUUGGUAGCCCUGGACUCAUACAGGUAAUAACCAUGUUGGUAGCCCUGGACUCAUACAGGUAAUAACCAUGUUGGUAGCCCUGGACUCAUACAGGAAUAACCAUGUUGGUAGCCCUGGACUCAUACAGGUAAUAACCAUGUUGGUAGCCCUGGACUCAUACAGGUAAUAACCAUGUUGGUAGCCCUGGACUCAUACAGGUAUAACCAUGUUGGUAGCCCUGGACUCAUACAGGUAAUAACCAUGUUGGUAGCCCUGGACUCCUAACCAGUUGGUAGCCCUGGACCCAGGUAAUAACCAUGUUGGUAGCCCCUGGACUCAUACAGGUAAUAACCAUGUUGGUAGCCCUGGACUCAUACAGGUAAUAACCAUGUUGGUAGCCCUGGACUCAUACAGGUAAUAACCAUGUUGGUAGCCCUGGACUCAUACAGGUAAUAACCAUGUUGGUAGCCCUGGAUUCAUACAGGUAAUAACCAUGUUGGUAGCCCUGGACUCAUACAGGUAAUAACCAUGUUGGUAGCCCUGGACUCAUACAGGUAAUAACCAUGUUGGUAGCCCUGGACUCAUACAGGUAAUAACCAUGUUGGUAGCCCUGGACUCAUACAGGUAAUAACCAUGUUGGUAGCCCUGGACUCAUACAGGUAAUAACCAUGUUGGUAGCCCUGGACUCAUACAGGUAAUAACCAUGUUGGUAGCCCUGGACUCAUACAGGUAAUAACCAUGUUGGUAGCCCUGGACUCAUACAGGUAAUAACCAUGUUGGUAGCCCUGGACUCAUACAGGUAAUAACCAUGUUGGUAGCCCUGGAUUCAUACAGGUAAUAACCAUGUUGGUAGCCCUGGACUCAUACAGGUAAUAACCAUGUUGGUAGCCCUGGAUUCAUACAGGUAAUAACCAUGUUGGUAGCCCUGGACUCAUACAGGUAAUAACCAUGUUGGUAGCCCUGGACUCAUACAGGUAAUAACCAUGUUGGUAGCCCUGGACUCAUACAGGUAAUAACCAUGUUGGUAGCCCUGGACUCAUACAGGUAAUAACCAUGUUGGUAGCCCUGGACUCAUACAGGUAAUAACCAUGUUGGUAGCCCUGGACUCAUACAGGUAAUAACCAUGUUGGUAGCCCUGGACUCAUACAGGUAAUAACCAUGUUGGUAGCCCUGGACUCAUACAGGUAAUAACCAUGUUGGUAGCCCUGGACUCAUACAGGUAAUAACCAUGUUGGUAGCCCUGGACUCAUACAGGUAAUAACCAUGUUGGUAGCCCUGGACUCAUACAGGUAAUAACCAUGUUGGUAGCCCUGGACUCAUACAGGUAAUAACCAUGUUGGUAGCCCUGGACUCAUACAGGUAAUAACCAUGUUGGUAGCCCUGGACUCAUACAGGUAAUAACCAUGUUGGUCAGCCCUGGACUCAUACAGGUAAUAACCAUGUUGGUAGCCCUGGAUUCAUACAGGGAAUAACCAUGUUGGUAGCCCUGGACUCAUACAGGUAAUAACCAUGUUGGUAGCCCUGGACUCAUACAGGUAAUAACCAUGUUGGUAGCCCUGGACUCAUACAGGGAAUAACCAUGUUGGUAGCCCUGGACUCAUACAGGUAAUAACCAUGUUGGUAGCCCUGGACUCAUACAGGUAAUAACCAUGUUGGUAGCCCUGGACUCAUACAGGUAAUAACCAUGUUGGUAGCCCGGACUCAUACAGGUAAUAACCAUGUUGGUAGCCCUGGACUCAUACAGGUAAUAACCAUGUUGGUAGCCCUGGACUCAUACAGGUAAUAACCAUGUUGGUAGCCCUGGACUCAUACAGGUAAUAACCAUGUUGGUAGCCCUGGACUCAUACAGGUAAUAACCAUGUUGGUAGCCCUGGACUCAUACAGGUAAUAACCAUGUUGGUAGCCCUGGACUCAUACAGGUAAUAACCAUGUUGGUAGCCCUGGACUCAUACAGGUAAUAACCAUGUUGGUAGCCCUGGACUCAUACAGGUAAUAACCAUGUUGGUAGCCCUGGACUCAUACAGGUAAUAACCAUGUUGGUAGCCCUGGACUCAUACAGGUAAUAACCAUGUUGGUAGCCCCUGGACUCAUACAGGUAAUAACCAUGUUGGUAGCCCUGGACUCAUACAGGUAAUAACCAUGUUGGUAGCCCUGGACUCAUACAGGUAAUAACCAUGUUGGUAGCCCUGGACUCAUACAGGUAAUAACCAUGUUGGUAGCCCUGGACUCAUACAGGUAAUAACCAUGUUGGUAGCCCUGGACUCAUACAGGUAAUAACCAUGUUGGUAGCCCUGGACUCAUACAGGUAAUAACCAUGUUGGUAGCCCUGGACUCAUACAGGUAAUAACCAUGUUGGUAGCCCUGGACUCAUACAGGUAAUAACCAUGUUGGUAGCCCUGGACUCAUACAGGUAAUAACCAUGUUGGUAGCCCUGGACUCAUACAGGUAAUAACCAUGUUGGUAGCCUGGACUCAUACAGGUAAUAACCAUGUUGGUAGCCCUGGGACUCAUACAGGUAUAACCAUGUUGGUAGCCCUGGACUCAUACAGGGAAUAACCAUGUUGGUAAGCCCGUACUCAUACAGGGUAAUAACCAGGUUGGUAGCCCUGACUCAUACAUGUAAUAACCCUGUUGGUAGCCCUGGACUCAUACAGGUAAUAACCAUGUUGGUAGCCCUGGACUUCAUACAGGUAAUAACCAUGUUGGUAGCCUGACACUCCAAGACAGGGAAUAAACAUGUUGGUAGCGCCCGGGACUCAUAACAGUUAAUAACGUGUUGGUAGCCCCGGACGCAUACAGGUGAAGAACCAUGUUGUGGUUGUAACCAUGUUGGUAGCCCUGGACUCAUACAGGUAAUAACCAUGUUGUAGCCUGGACUCAUACAGUAAUAACCAUGUUGGUACCUGGACUCAUACAGGUAAUAACCAUUUGGAGCCCUGGACUCAUACAGUUAAUAACAUGUUGGGACCCUGGACUCAUACAGGGAAUAACCAUGUUGGUACCCUGGAUCAUACAGGUAAUAACCAUGUUGGUAGCCCUGGACUCAUACAGGUAAUAACCAUGUUGUAGCCCUGGACUCAUACAGGUAAAACCAUGUGUAGCCCGGACUCAUAAGGUAAUAACCAUGUUGGUACCCUGGACUCAUCAGGUAUAACCAGUGGUACCCUGGACUCAUACAGGUAAUAACCAUGUUGGUAGCCCGGACUCAUACAGGUAAUAACCAUGUUGUAGCCUGGACUCAUACAGGUAAUAACCAUGUUGGUAGCCCUGGCUAAUACCAGGUAAUAACCAUGUUGGUAGCCCGGACUCAUCAGGUAAUAACAUGUUGGUAGCCCGGACUCAUACAGGUAAUAACCAUGUUGGUAGCCCGGACUCAUACAGGUAAUAACCAUGUUGGUAGCCUGGAUCUCAUACAGGUAAUAACCAUGUUGGUAGCCCUGACUCAUACAGGUAAUACCAUGUUGGUAGCCCUGGAAUCAUACAGGUAAUAACCAUGUUGGUAGCCCUGGACUCAUACAGGUAAUAACAUUUUGUAGCCCUGGACUCAUACAGGGAUAACAAACUGUAUUCUGGUAGCCCCGACUCAUACAGGUAAUACCAUGUUGGUAGCCCGGACUCAUAAGGUAAACCAUGUUGGUAGCCCUGGACUAAUACAGGUAAUAACCAUGUUGGAGCCCUGGACUCAUACAGGUAAUAACAUGUUGGUAGCCCUGGACUCAUACAGGAUAACCAUGUUGGUAGCCCGGACUCAACAGGUAUAACCAUGUUGGUAGCCCUGGACUCAUACAGGAAUAACCAUGUUGUAGCCCUGGACUCAUACAGGCCUGGACUCAUACAGGUAAUAACCAUGUUGUUGGACUCAUACAGCCCUGGUAUAACCAUGUUGGUAGCCCUGGACUCAUAAAGGUAAUAACCAUUGUGUAGCCAUGGGACUCAUAAGGUAAUAACCAUGUUGGUAGCCCUGGAUCAUACAGGUAUAACCAUGUUGAGUUAGCCCUGGACACUCAACAGUAAUUAAAACCAUGUUGGAGCCUGGAAUCAUACAGGUAAUAACCAUGUGGUAGCCCUGGACCAUACAGGUAAUUAACCAUGUUGGUAAGCCCUGGACUCAUACAGGUAAUAACCAUGUUGGUAGCCCUGGAUUCAUACAGGUACAACCAUGUUGGUAGCCCUGGACUCAUACAGGUAAUAACCAUGUUGGUAGCCCUGGGACUUCAUUACAGGUAAUAACCAUGUUGGUAGCCCAUGGACUUCAUACAGGUAAUAACCAUGUUGGUGUUAGCCCUGGACUCAUACAGGUAAUAACCAGUUGGUAGCCCUGGACUCAUACAGGUAAUAACCAUGUUGGUAGCCCUGGACUCAUACCAGGUAAUAACCAUGUUGGUAGCCCUGGAUUUCAUACAGGUAAUAACCAUGUUGGUAGCCCUGGACUCAUACAGGUAAUAACCAUGUUGGUAGCCCUGGACUCAUACAGGUAAUAACCAUGUUGGUAGCCCUGGACUCAUACAGGUAAUAACCAUGUUGGUAGCCCUGGACUCAUACAGGUAAUAACCAUGUUGGUAGCCCUGGACUCAUACAGGUAAUAACCAUGUUGGUAGCCCUGGACUCAUACAGGUAAUAACCAUGUUGGUAGCCCUGGACUCAUACAGGUAAUAAACCAUGUUGGUAGCCCUGGACUCAUACAGGUAAUAACCAUGUUGGGUAGCCCUGGACUCAUACAGGUAAUAACCAUGUUGGUAGCCCUGGACUCAUACAGGUAAUAACCAUGUUGGUAGCCCUGGACUCAUACAGGUAAUAACCAUGUUGGUAGCCCUGGACUCAUACAGGUAAUAAACCAUGUUGGUAGCCCUGGACUCAUACAGGUAAUAACCAUGUUGGUCAGCCCUGGACUCAUACAGGUAAUAACCAUGUUGGUAGCCCUGGACUCAUACAGGUAAUAACCAUGUUGGUAGCCCUGGACUCAUACAGGUAAUAACCAUGUUGGUAGCCCUGGACUCAUACAGGUAAUAACCAUGUUGGUAUCCCGGACUCAUACAAGGUAAUAACCAUGUUGGUAUCCCUGGACUCAUACAGGUAAUAACCAUGUUGGUAGCCCUGGAUUCAGGUAUAACCAUGGUUUGGUAGCCCUGACUUCCCCAUACAGGUAAACCAUGUUGGUAGCCCUGGACUCAUACAGGUAAUAACCAUGUUGGUAGCCCUGGACUCAUACAGGUAAUAACCAUGUUGGUAGCCCAUGGACUCAUACAGGUAAUAACCAUGUUGGUAGCCCUGGACUCAUACAGGUAAUAACCAUGUUGGUAGCCCCUGGACUCAUACAGGUAAUAACCAUGUUGGUAGCCCUGGGACUCAUACAGGGUAAUAACCAUGUUGGUAGCCCUGGACUCAUACAGGUAAUAACCAUGUUGGUAGCCCUGGACUCAUACAGGUAAUAACCAUGUUGGUAGCCCUGGACUCAUACAGGUAAUAACCAUGUUGGUAGCCCUGGACUCAUACAGGUAAUAACCAUGUUGGUAGCCCUGGACUCAUACAGGUAAUAACCAUGUUGGUAGCCCUGGACUCAUACAGGUAAUAACCAUGUUGGUAGCCCUGGACUCAUACAGGUAAUAACCAUGUUGGUAGCCCUGGACUCAUACAGGUAAUAACCAUGUUGGUAGCCCUGGACUCAUACAGGUAAUAACCAUGUUGGUAGCCCUGGACUCAUACAGGUAAUAACCAUGUUGGUAGCCCUGGACUCAUACAGGUAAUACCAUGUUGGUAGCCCUGGACUCAUACAGGUAAUAACCAUGUUGGUAGCCCUGGAGUCAUACAGGUAAUAAACCAUGUUGGUAGCCCUGGAUUCAUACAGGUAAUAACCAUGUUGGUAGCCCUGGACUCAUACAGGUAAUACCAUGUUGGUAGCCCUGGACUCAUACAGGUAAUAACCAUGUUGGUAGCCCUGGACUCAUACAGGUAUAACCAUGUUGGUAGCCCUGGACUCAUACAGGUAAUAACCAUUUGGUAGCCCUGGACUCAUACAGGUAAUAACCAUGUUGGUAGCCCUGGACUCAUACAGGUAAUAACCAUGUUGGUAGCCCUGGACUCAUACAGGUAAUAACCAUGUUGGUAGCCUGGACUCAUACAGGUAAUAACCAUGUUGGUAGCCCUGGACUCAUACAGGUAAUAACCAUGUUGGUAGCCCUGGACUCAUACAGGUAAUAACCAUGUUGGUAGCCCUGGACUCAUACAGGUAAUAACCAUGUUGGUAGCCCUGGACUCAUACAGGUAAUAACCAUGUUGGUAGCCCUGGACUCAUACAGGUAAUAACCAUGUUGGUAGCCCUGGAUCAUACAGGUAAUAACCAUGUUGGUAGCCCUGGACUCAUACAGGUAAUAACCAUGUUGGUAGCCCUGGACUCAUACAGGUAAUAACCAUGUUGGUAGCCCUGGAUUCAUACAGGUAAUAACCAUGUUGGUAGCCCUGGAUCAUACACCCCCUGGACUCAUACAGGUAAUAACCAUGUUGGUAGCCCUGGACUCAUACAGGUAAUAACCAUGUUGGUAGCCUGGACUCAUACAGGUAAUAACCAUGUUGGUAGCCCUGGACUCAUACAGGUAAUAACCAUGUUGGUUAGCCCUGGACUCAUACAGGUAAUAACCAUGUUGGUAGCCCUGGACUCAUACAGGUAAUAACCAUGUUGGUAGCCCUGGACUCAUACAGGUAAUAACCAUGUUGGUAGCCCUGGACUCAUACAGGUAAUAACCAUGUUGGUAGCCCUGGACUCAUACAGGUAAUAACCAUGUUGGUAGCCCAGUUGUUCCCAUCCUCCUCAGAGAGCACACAUGUAUGACACCAGUCACUAGUACUUGUUCCCGCCAAGGAGUGUUCUAGUAACUUCUCCUUGAAUUAAAGCGUGAUACACUUUAUCAGCUGUUUGCACGUGUGAGCCUCACGUCACAAAUGUGCUCUAAGGACAAUUUUACAUAAUUAUAUUGGUUACUUAUCAUGUGAAUGGACAGCUCUAUUUCAACAUAGCUUCUGAAAGGCCGGUGAUCGCAGCGUACGGACAAAGGAUACUAUUUAUGAGAUGCUAAUAAGUAAACAGGAAAUUAAGAGAAGUUGAUGUCUGCUGAGCUGGGCAGAUUGGGAGAUCCAGGUGUCCCCUUGCUCGGUCUCAGUGUUUCAUUAUCCGGCUCGAAGGUCCACGUUCGAGAGAGGGGCACCACAAAAAUAUUUUAGUGCGUUAAACAAGUAUGCUAGUGCUUUAAACCCUCCCGUUGUCCUAGGGUCAAAAUGACCCGCCACUGUGUUGAACCAACUUUAAUUAAUUUUUAUAUUUUUUGGAUCAUUUGUGAGAAGGAGGCAGUGAUACUUUCUUUAAAGUCUCACUGCCUCCUUCUCACAAAUGAUCCCAAAAAUAUAAAAAUUAAAUAAAGUUGGUUCAACACAGUGGCGGGUCAUUUUGACCCUAGGACAACGGGAGGGUUAAACAAGUAUUCUUUAAACAAAUAUUAGUGUUUUAAACAAACAUUCUAGGGCUUUACCCCCUAGAGUCGAUAAGUUACAUGAAAAAAUCCCCAUUAAAAUCCGUCAAUUUAACCUAGAGAUAUGUUUUUUUUGUCUCAAUCCACCGCAUCUACUAGUGUCACAUGUUUGCAUCUGCGGUGAAAGGUGGCAGAGCCAGAACGGUGUUUGUCAGACCAUGAGACAUCCUGAAAAUUGGUGUUCUCACGAAAAGGUAUUUAGCGUCCGAACGGUUUGACGUACAAACUGUGACCAUUCUAUGGAAAGAUGAGAUUCUCACGAACACGAUGGUGUUCUUCGUUUUGCUCUACGACCUCUCGUCUGAAGUCGGUACCGUUGAUGUGCCAACUUCUUUGUUUGUAGUGUCCGAACCGUUUGGGCUACAAACUAAUGUGACUCCACUGUGGAAAGGGGAGAUUCUUACGAACACAUUUUGCUCUACAACCCCCACUCGUCUGAAGGUAACCGGUACCGUUAAAAAAAAGUGUAUGAAGGUACCCAAAAAAAGGGGUUAAAUAUAUAUAUAUAUAUAUAUAUGUAUAUAUUAAGCUUUCUUGUAUCUCCUAGAUAUUAAUGAGUUGCAUGUUUCGUCACAAUAUUGUUUUGAACGUUCGUUUCGGACUGAGCAUUCUACGCAAUGUAUCGUCAAUGAGCGCUGAUGAAGAUUUCAUCAAAAGUGCAUUACAGUGGCUUGGAAAUACAAUGACAUUCAAAAGGAGGCAAAUAAUUAGUAGGAAAAACUUUUGUCGUCAUUUUGAUGUCGCCAGAUAUCAGUAUAACGUUAGCUAGCUAAGGUUGAUGGGAGGCCACCAGAUUUUAACUAGUUAGCGUUGCUAGCUAUGUUUGACGAACUUUGCUAGCUAAUGACAACAUUGCCAUCUGUCUAAAGUAAAUUUGACGAACAUGAUAAUGCUGGCAAAGUUGUUUCCUACUAAAUAUUUGACUACUUUAGCAAUGUCAUCGUAUUUCCAGCCACUAUAGUGACAUUUAGAUGAAACAGUAGUUAGCCUCUGUCCAGAAUGACUGGGCUUCUCACCACUUUAGGGCACCACUAUGGUGCCACCGGUAGAUGACGGCUUGAGAACGUUCAUAACAAUGGCAUGACGGAUACCUAAAGGGGUCGUAAAAUUCAAAAUCAAAAAGCUAAAUGAUCCAUAUGUCAGAUAAGCAAUUCCAAACUGCUUAGACUUACAUGGGUUAAACAAAUAUUCUAGGACUUUAAACAAAUAUUCUAGGGCUUUAAACAAAUAUUCUAGGGCUUUAAACAAAUAUUCUAGGGCUUUAAACAAAUAUUCUAGGGCUUUAAACAAAUAUUCUAGGGCUUUAAACAAAUAUUCUAGGGCUUUAAACAAAUAUUCUAUGACUUUAAACAAAUAUUCUAGGGCUUUAAACAAAUAUUCUAGGGCUUUAAACAAAUAUUCUAGGGCUUUAAACAAAUAUUCUAGGACUUUAAACAAAUAUUAUAGGGCUUUAAACAAAUAUUAUAGGGCUUUAAACAAAUAUUAUAGUGCUUUAAACAAAUAUUCUAGGGCUUUAAACAAAUACUCUAGGGCUUUAAACAAAUACUCUAGGGCUUUAAACAAAUAUUCUAGGGCUUUAAACAAAUACUCUAGGGCUUUAAACAAAUACUCUAGGGCUUUAAACAAAUACUCUAGGGCUUUAAACAAAUACUCUAGGGCUUUAAACAAAUAUUCUAGGGCUUUAAACAAAUAUUCUAGGGCUUUAAACAAAUAUUCUAGGGCUUUAAACAAAUACUCUAGGGCUUUAAACAAAUAUUCUAGGGCUUUAAACAAAUAUUCUAGGGCUUUAAACAAAUAUUCUAGGGCUUUUAUACAGACUCCCCUUUCCUUACCUUGCUCCACUCCUCUCUCUGUCUCUGCUGCAGAUGUCAGCUAGGGUUAUGUUUAGUGGAUUGUUAGUUAAACGCCGUCUCCUCGUCUUCUUCUCCCCCUAUAGGUGUCAGCUCUUCCUCCAGCCAGCCGGGCGCCUGGAGGGCCAGUACGGCCCCUCGUCUACCUGUAUCGCCUGGAAGGAGCAGGUCCACCUGAGCUCUGAGGUGCGGUCCCUUCUCCAGUGUCCGUCGGCGGACAGCAGCUUCCUGCCCCUCCAGGUGACCACCUUGGCCACGCCCGAUCGCCUGGCCUUCAUUUCCUCCCAGCGAGAGGACGACUGGGACCCUGCCUAUGUGAUCCACCUCCACCCCGCUGUGACCCUCCGGAACCUUCUGCCUUACAGCUUCAGAUAUCUACUGGAGGUAAUAACACUUAGAUAACAUGAAGACAGUCACUAGGAUAGGACCUAACCCUAGACCUGUACCCUGCCUUACAGCUUCAGAUAUCUACAGGAAGUAACUACAGCGAGGACUGAUCUACACGUUCCGGUGACUAAGGGAAGAGGGUGCAGGUGUAGACUAGAAGAUAUAAGCAGAAACUAAUAAUCAGCCGCUAGACUUUGAUGUCAUUAUUUCCUUGUUUUAUGCCAUGUUGAGACGUCUCUACAAUGCAAAGAUACUUUCCUAGGAGAUAAAGUUUUCAUAAAAAAACGUUUAUCGAUCCAUUAAUCCAUCUCUCCAGGGCUCGGCCGAGUUCCAUGAGCUCCGGGAGGGCAGCACGGCGGACAUCCUGAACGCCCGUAUAGGAGGUGAGAUCAUGGAGGUGGUCCUGGUCAAAUACCAGGGUCGGAACUGGUCCAGCCGUAUCCGCAUCGCCCAGGACAUGCAGGAGUUCUUCCCUGUGUGCUUCACCUGCGACUCGGACGAGAAGCUGACCGUGGACCUGAGCGUGCACGUGACGCGGCCGCACGGACGUUUGACGCUGGCGGUGUUCAGCCCGUACUGGAUCAUCAAUAAGACGUCCAGGGUUCUGCAGUACCGCGCAGAGGACGUCUCCGUCAAACACGCCUCGGACUUCAGGGACGUAAUCCUCUUCUCCUUCAAGAAGAAGAACAUCUUCAGCAAGAACAAGGUAGGGAAGCAUCUGACUGUCUAACAGGGUUUCCCAAACCUUUCCUGGCAGAUCCCCAAACUGCCACAUGAAUUUAAUAUAUUAAUAUUAAUAUAAUUUGAUAUAUCCCAGAUCAAUUCAUUCAUAGCUGGAUCAGGUGUGCUAGUUUUAAGGAUACAACACAAUUGUGAAACGUCCGUGAUUCCUGGAGGAUAGGUGUGAGGAAACACCAGUCUAACACACAGCAUCUUUAAAGCCUUUUUUACCCCCUUUUUAGAUCAAGUUGUUUCUCUCAGUAACACUGGGUUUUUUUUUGUCUUUCUACAGCUGCAGCUCUGUGUGUCCACCAGUUCCUGGUCUGAUGGUUUCUCAUUGGACACGGUGGGGAGCUAUGGGUGUGUCAGAUGCCCUGCCAACACCAUGGACUAUCUGGUGAGAUGACAACGUACACAAAGAGUCCCAACUCUGGAAUGCACCUUUUAUUUAACAUAUAAUGCUUUUAUCCAAGUGACUUACAGUGAACACCAUUCGGGUGGCUCGUGCGGGACUCAAACCCACAACUAUGGUGUUACAUGCACCGUGUUUUUAAACCCACUUAGCCACUACAGCCACAUCGUGAGGACGUAGAGUCUGACGG